AUGGCGCUCUUUACUCCAUGGAAGCUGUCCUCUCAGAAGCUCGGUUUUUUCUUGGUGACUUUUGGUUUCAUUUGGGGUAUGAUGUUACUGCAUUUUACGAUACAGCAGCGGACUCAGCACGAGAGCAGCACAAUGCUCCGCGAGCAGAUUCUAGAUCUCAGCAAGAAAUACAUCAAAGCUCUGGCAGAGGAAAAUCAGAACGUAGUAGACGGACCAUACGUCGGGACAAUGACUGCGUAUGGUAAGAAAAAACACUUUAUACCAUGUCUGAACAAGUGUAUACUGCGCAUUUCAUAACUGGGUCUUGAUGCACAAUCGUUGGAAAAACAGCCACCAAUGUUUUAUGCAAACCACGGAUUAACAAAACCAUUACAAUUUCAAAAAUUAAUUUUCUGGAGAUUGCAAAAUUCACAGGUGUUUGUGGUGCUAUUUGUUGCCUAUUUUUAUCAUUAUCUUGAUAAUUUUAAUAGCAUUGUGAACAUAACAGACCAUAAGAUCAAGAUUUAAAAAAAAUAAAUAAAUAAAAUCUGUAUUCUCUAAAGUGUUAUCUGUACAUCUGUAAAAUGUGAGGCCAUCAUUGAGAACAGGUAGGUGGAAGUGAGACACAUUUAUAGCAUGUAAGAAUCAUGAGACUAUCUGUCUAGAUAUUCUUAUUUCCUUUAAGAAUAAAAUCCAUUUCCUAUGGUGAGCUACAGAGUUGCCCAGCUGGGCAUAGCCCACAGAGAAUAUAAACAGGAGUCUGCCAUUCCCAUAAUAAUUUUCCAGUGGGUGACCAUUUGGGAAUUGCAGUCCAGCAACAGAGGAUUGGUCAAGAAAGAAUGGCUUUGUUUAGACCAAUAGAAAGAGAUGUGAAGGACUGGUGAAAGGGAUGUUUAAUGUUUUCAUAACUUAAUUAGUUGCUUUAGAAGGGAAUGUUUUUUUGUUUUCUGUGCGUGACCAUUCCCUUUCCAAGUACCGCUGGUACAUGACUUACUAUAAUGUUUCCAAAUUUUGUAUGGCCUCAUGACAAGGGAAGUCAAAUAUUUUUACUGUGUAUCACAAAGUAGAAGUUCUAGACAUAUGUGAUAUACCUUUUGUUUUGGAACUAUGGUUCCAUGACGUAAAAUGGACAGACAUGAGCAUGUUCCUUUAAUAACUUGUUCCUCGGUGGAACCUUGCUUGGGACUUUUAGAGAAUAUAUCUAAUUUUUAUGUCAGACUUAUCUCAGCCGCAAGGGGAGCCCACACCAAAAUGCUGAAAAAGUUCUGCUUGUUCGUUGCAGCUAGAGGUGUAUUGGCUACACCUAACUAACAACUUCCCAAAGAAGGUCAAAUUGAUCAUCUUGGAUGGCUGGGGUCAGUCUGGUAUGUAACCGGCCUAUAUUCCUUCCGUAAUGGCACAUUUAAGCAAAAACCUGCUUGAGUCCUGAGUGGGGAUUAACGAAAGGGCAUGUUUUGUCUCUUAUCAGUGUUAUAUUGUCUGUAUGAUGCUUGUACAAACAAUAGUUAGUUUGUUCUCAGUGUGCAUCUUGUGACUGUCAUUUGGCACAUACAAACCGUUUAUAUUUUAAAAGGAACCUGUGGUUGGUAAAUAUUCCUUGUGACAGUAAUCCUUUUGUGUUUUUGUCAUCAUGUGCCCAUUAUUUGUGCAGGGUAUGUUGAAUAUAUUUCUUGUCUGUACCUCUCCCCCUUUUUCUGUCCUAUUGUUUCCACAGCAGGGCUUUGUCACAGGGACACUGCCAGAACAGUUUAAACUAGCUGCUUUGUCUCUCCUCAAUCUCCCAUCAGCCCUUGAUAUUGUCUGUCCCCCAUCCUUCCUUGUACUAUAGUGUAAAUGAGGCUUUUGGGGUCUUAAAAUAUGUGUGAUGUGUUCAUUAAAGGGUUGAUGUUUAACCUUCUCCAAGUGUCGUCUGGUGUUUGGAAAAGGGUGGAAAGGCCCUAAGUGAUCCCAGUCAAGCCUCCGCAACUGGGUCUGAAGUGCUCCAGGGUCCCUGAUAGCUAUGAGGAAGCAGACUUGGCGGAUGUACUCGGUCGUAGCACAGGCGCUUUGUUACACUCCUGUUUUGUCCCUGGAAUGUACUUUCAUGCUUUAUGAGGAAAGGAAUAUAUGCAAGGAUUUAAAGGGACACUAUAGUUCUUUAGUACCUUCAUUGACUUGUUCUGGUGUCUAUAGUCUGUACCUGCAUGCUUUUCAAUGUAAACGCUGCCUUUUGAGAGAAAAGGGCAGUGUCUAAAUUGCUGCCUAGGAGCACCCCUAGUGGCAGUCACUCAGAAUGCCACUAGGGGUGUUUCGUGGGUCGGCGUUGCAUAAUGUGCAUCACGGACUUUCUGUGUCUCCACACUCAUUGAGUCGCUGAGUGUUUCACAUAGCGAUGCAUUUAUUUAAUGCAUCUCUGUGAGGAGAUGCUGAUUGCCACAGGGUGGUGUGUUUUGCCAUGCAUGUGCAUUAGCCUCCCAAUGCUUUCCUUUGGGAAUGCAUUAGACUGGCUAAGCUCAAGGAGGCAGAGCGUGUGUGGGGCCAAUCUCAAGGAGAUCUACUCGGCACUGGAAAAAGAUAAUGUAAAUCAAGGUAGGCAAGUUUGUAUUCCUGACAUUAUAGUAUUCCUUUAACCCCUUAAGGACACAUGACAUGUGUGACAUGUCAUGAUUCCCUUUUAUUCCAGAAGUUUGGUCCUUAAGGGGUUAAGUUGCAAAUAGUCUGUUCUCAUAAAACCCCAUUGGUUUCCAUGGAUGGAUAUUAUACACAUUUGUUUAUCCAAAUCCAGCUAUAUGUUUUGUGUGGGCUUUGUUUAUAUUUUCCCAAAACGUGUUCUUUUUUUAAAUGUAUUGUUUAAAUGUGAACUAUUUUAGAAGUAUCACUUCCUGGUUGCAGUAAAGGAAUGUUAAUAGACUUCCCCCAGCUGUGAAGCUCUGUUUCCUUAGUUAUAAUAUAUGGUAUAUAUGCAAUAUCUCAUCUUGAAAUUACCCUCUAAGCCUCUGCCGAUUGUGUAGAUUAUACUAAAUACUUCUAAUUUUAGUGAUUUGCCAUCCAGUCCAAUUCAAGUUAUGUGUCUCCCAGCCCUCUCCGUCCCUCAUUGUAUGCUGUUUGCAGCCCUAUUCACAAAACUGUUAACUCUGCUGUGAAUAAACUGAUCUACUAUCAGCUCACUACGAGGUUCCACUCUGAUGCUUUUAGACCCCUUAAUUGGUGCAGUCUCUUCCUGUUAUAUGAGCAAGGGGCAAGUCUGAUCUUGACACUUCCCUGUGUAAGUGAAGUGGAUUUUGGACCUCUAGCCCCAGCACUCUCUGCCUAUAAAUUACUGUCCAAAGUUAUAUGUCCUAAUGCAGAGACUCACUUCUCUAUCCAAGCAGAGUGGUUGAAGUUUAGCAGCUUUUUGUCAAACUGCUCAAAAGAUUUGAACCAAACUUACCGUGGGGUGGGGGUUAGUGCCCAAAGAUUAUUUUCCUCAUAACCACUUUUGCAGAAGUGUCCCGUAGAUAUGGGUAUUAUGAUCUUAAAACUUUUGAAUCUUUAAAGCAGUAUUUUAUUAAUGGAACAAUGCAAACCUCCUUGGUAAUGAAUGAACUCACAUGAUACAGACCCACAAGUAUAAACUGGGCUCAACUUGAGCUCUGUAUCAUGUGAGUUCCUUCAUAUCAUUAUGACAUCUCUUUUAUUUGAGAACUCAUUGCGCUAUGAGUGUUUUUAUGAUUUGCUGUGAAUCAUACUGUGUAUUCUACGGUUACAUUGGCUUCCUGUAUCCUAUAGGAGUCAAUUCAAAGUACUAACAAAGCACUGAACAAUUCUAGUCCUUAUUAUAUCUCCUCACUGAUCCGUAGGUAAGCCCCUUCUAGAUCCCUCUCCACUCUGCCUAUGACCACCUCCUGUCCGCUGCUCACAACCAUACGGCCAACUCACGCUUGCAGGACUUCUCGCGGGCGGCUCCCUUCCUGUGGCAUAGCCUGCCUACGACCAUUAGACUCUCCCGUAGUCUCCAAUCUUUAAGAAGUGCUUUAAAACCCAUCUCUUCAGGAAAGCUUAUGGCCUCCCAGAGUAACCUCUACCUCACAUACCUAUCUCUUGCUCUCUCUUAAAGGGCAGCACUCUAUUCUCUCCUCCAACCUGUCCUAUUGAGUUGUAUAACCCACCUCCUCUAGACUGUAAGCUCGUUUGAGCAGGGUCCUCUUUUAUUCCUGCAAGUUUUUGUAAUGGUCUCAUUUAUUGUUAAAUCUCUCACUCUUAUAAUAUUGUAAAGUGCUAUGUUGGCGCUAUAUAAAUGCUGAUAAUACUUUCAGUGUUUUGUUACGUGUUGUGUAUUGGAAAUUAGCGCUCUACUUUUCAAAUUUUUAAUUUAUUUUUUUUUGUGGUUUAUACAGUUUGCUUUGUAUUGUUAAAGGAGACACACACAGGUGUUGGAACUGCUAAAUUUUAUUUCACUACAAGCUAGUGUAUAUACCUUAAAAAAUAACAUUAAUCCAUCAAAGCAGAAACCUAUCUGGACUUUGACAGCAUCCCUGUUUUAAUAACCAAAAGAAGCAAACCCAUCCGAAACCUUAAAUAUAUGAAAUUUGACAAGGUGAAAGCCUAGUAUGGAAAUAGAGUAACAAGGUAGUGAAGGGGUUAACCCUGAAUGUUAAUAGAAGAACGAAAAGAGAGAACACUACCAAAGAAAUAUGUAUAGUCUAAAAUUUAACUUUUAAUGGUGAACACAAUACAAAGUGAUCAUUUCACAUAUACAGGGAGUGCAGAAUUAUUAGGCAAAUGAGUAUUUUGACCACAUCAUCCUCUUUAUGCAUGUUGUCUUACUCCAAGCUGUAUAGGCUCGAAAGCCUACUACCAAUUAAGCAUAUUAGGUGAUGUGCAUCUCUGUAAUGAGAAGGGGUGUGGUCAAAUGACAUCAACACCCUAUAUUAGGUGUGCAUAAUUAUUAGGCAACUUCCUUUCCUUUGGCAAAAUGGGUCAAAAGAAGGACUUGACAGGCUCAGAAAAGUCAAAAAUAGUGAGAUAUCUUGCAGAGGGAUGCAGCACUCUUAAAAUUGCAAAGCUUCUGAAGCGUGAUCAUCGAACAAUCAAGCGUUUCAUUCAAAAUAGUCAACAGGGUCGCAAGAAGCGUGUGGAAAAACCAAGGCGCAAAAUAACUGCCCAUGAACUGAGAAAAGUCAAGCGUGCAGCUGCCACGAUGCCACUUGCCACCAGUUUGGCCAUAUUUCAGAGCUGCAACAUCACUGGAGUGCCCAAAAGCACAAGGUGUGCAAUACUCAGAGACAUGGCCAGGGUAAGAAAGGCUGAAAGACGACCACCACUGAACAAGACACACAAGCUGAAACGUCAAGACUGGGCCAAGAAAUAUCUCAAGACUGAUUUUUCUAAGGUUUUAUGGACUGAUGAAAUGAGAGUGAGUCUUGAUGGGCCAGAUGGAUGGGCCCGUGGCUGGAUUGGUAAAGGGCAGAGAGCUCCAGUCCGACUCAGACGCCAGCAAGGUGGAGGUGGAGUACUGGUUUGGGCUGGUAUCAUCAAAGAUGAGCUUGUGGGGCCUUUUCGGGUUGAGGAUGGAGUCAAGCUCAACUCCCAGUCCUACUGCCAGUUCCUGGAAGACACCUUCUUCAAGCAGUGGUACAGGAAGAAGUCUGCAUCCUUCAAGAAAAACAUGAUUUUCAUGCAGGACAAUGCUCCAUCACACGCGUCCAAGUACUCCACAGCGUGGCUGGCAAGAAAGGGUAUAAAAGAAGAAAAUCUAAUGACAUGGCCUCCUUGUUCACCUGAUCUGAACCCCAUUGAAAACCUGUGGUCCAUCAUCAAAUGUGAGAUUUACAAGGAGGGAAAACAGUACACCUCUCUGAACAGUGUCUGGGAGGCUGUGGUUGCUGCUGCACGCAAUGUUGAUGGUGAACAGAUCAAAACACUGACAGAAUCCAUGGAUGGCAGGCUUUUUUUUACUUCAGUUUCUCUGAAACUGCUAUGUUUAUAAAAAAAUGGGUUAACCCUAGAAGGACCUGGCACCCAGACCACUUCAUUAAGCUGAAGUGGUCUGGGUGCCUAGAGUGGUCCUUUAAGGCUGGUAUUUUUUUCCAAGAAAGGUGGCAACCCUAACUACUCUUCACAUACUCUUGCUUAAAGGAGCACUAUAGGCUCAGGAACACAAUCAUGUAUAUCUGACCCUAUUAUGUUAAAACCACCACCCUGGCCCCUUCUUGCCUCCCUAAGUAUAGUACAAUACAACUUGUAUUCAAGUCUGCAGCUGCUGGCUCUGCCUCUGAAUUGACUGUCUGCUGACAUCAUCAGAAGUGGUGGUCUGAACAAAUUACAAUACUUCCCCAUAGGAUUGGCUGAGACUGUCAACUAGGCAGAUCAGGGGCAGAGCCAGCACAAGUCCAACAUAGCCCUGGCCAAUCAGCAUCUCCUCAUAAAGAUACAUUGAAUCAAUGAAUCUCUAUGAGGAAAGUUCAGUGUCUGCAUGCAGAGGGUGGAGACACUGAAUGGCAGUGCUGCACACUAGGCAGUACUGCCCCAGGAAGCACCUCUAGCAGCCAUCUAAGGAGUGGCCAGUGGAGUUAUUUUCUCUGAAAAGACAGUGUUUACUGCAAAAGGCCUGAAUGGAAUGAUUCUACUUACCAGAACAAAUACAAUAAGCUGUAGUUGUUCUGGUGACUAUAGUGUCCCUUUAAGUUUGGAAGCUUAAGAGGGAUGUAUGGAAACAAAACUUGUGUGGACUAGCUGACAAUAAAAUUAGUUUAGGUAAUGCAGACGCUGGUAUCUCUAACACUGUGGCAUGUCCCCUUUCUUCUACACUCACUACAUACACCUUUUCUCUGUCUCAGACUAUACCAGGAACUUCUGCCUGCUAGUAAGAAGGCAAGGAGACAAAUGGACCAGAGAGUUCUAGGGGACAGUCCUUAGAAAGCAUGGAGUGAGCGCAUCAUUAGAUGCAUUUGUGUCAAGCUCAUGGUGCUGCCUUCAUAGUAUGCCCUUAGUUGGACAGCCUGCAGGAUUGGCAGGCAGCCUGACAUGCAUUCAUGCCAGGCUGUCCUUCAAAUUCUUUGGACAGACAUGCCCUUUUUUGGGCAUGUUCUCCCCUUUUGGCAGGCCUGUUCAUGUGAUUCGCACCAGUGGCACACUCUUUUACCCUGCACAUUGACUUCCUGCUUCACUGGACACUGCUGUUAGGGUUUAUGGAUUUACUUGAAAGAUGAAAGCAUAAAUUAGAGAGAGAUUAGCAUAGAGUAUGUGUUUUCUUAUAGCUGCAUCCUAUGAGCUUCCCUCCAGCACCAUCUCUAUCAGAUACAUGACGCUUGGGAGGUAGGACUGUUUUAGUGUUUUUGGUCGAUAAGAUUCCGUAAUUAGGCCCAUCAUAUUUAUCAGCACCAGGCCCAGUGUGCUCUUAAACCGGCCCUGAGCUGAAUGGUAUUUAAAACAGAAAUUGCUAUAUAAACUCACAAACGGAGAGCUAUAGACCCAGCUCUGGUAUGGAUCACUUCUGGGUCCGUUUAGGCAACCUAUCCCUGUUAAUGCUGUAAAUCUUGUCCUGAAGGGGGGGGGGGAUAAAAAGCAGAAACGAUUGCGCAGUACUACUACUAAUAUUUAAUUUAAUAAAGAAAUUCCCAAAUGGGUACUUACAAGCCUAGAGUCAAAUGAUAUGACUCACUUCACAAGUGUUGUGCAGAUUUGGGACUGCACUCCCAUCCAUAAAAUAUGUAUCCAGGAUCAAAGGAUAAAAUAAAAACUAUUUAUUGCACCAAUGUACACAAAAUAAAAAGACAACAAUGUGCUCUGAGACGUAACUACAGACAGGAAUACCUGCCGACUGCUUUUAAUUGUGGGGUGAGAGGGAGGCAUGGACCGCACACGUUCUACCUGUGCGUGGUAACAACGUGUUACGGCAUACAGGCACUGACCCUUCUCCCGCCAAUUUUAGCGGUAUUUAAACACGAACUGGGAACCAGGGAACAUUGAAUUCAUUUAUCCGGUUGAAAAAGCCACGGUGAAGUGGCGAAACGCGUUCCGGUAUUGAGCACGUUGUUGCCUUUUUAUUUUGUGUACAUUGUUGCAACAAAUAUAGUUUUUAUUUUAUCCUUUGAUCCUGGUUCCUGGAUACAUCUUUUAUGGAUGGGAGUGCAGCAAUUUCUGUUUUAAAUACCAUUCAGUUAUUUAUAUACUGUCUACACUAUAUUUGAUUGUCUUUUAUAGAUACCUACCGGCUUGAUAUUCAGGUGAAAAACUCCUCUUAAACUGCCAAAAGGUGAUAACCUAUUUAUUUAUUAUAGAAAUGUCCCAUAUACGCCAUCACAUAUUAUCUGUUAUUGAUAUGUUAUAUUCCCAGUGGAAAGCCUUAGGGCAUGGGUAGGCAACCUUUGGCACUCCACAUGGCAAGGACUGCAUCUCCCAUAAUGCUCUCACAGCUAUAAUGCUGGUAAAGAAUCAGGGGGUAUGUUGUACACAACAUUUUGAGGCCUAAAAGUUAUCUACCCCUGCCCUAGGGAAACAGGGGUAUUGACAGUGUGACAGUGUGAACGUAGGCGUUUGGAUCUUAUAGGGCAGUCCCAGCCAUACUGUUAACUGUUUUCGUCUUUUUAUUGUAUUUGAAUGUCUGGCAUUCAAGUUCUCUUUCAGACUGUUGUGCAUAUGGUAAGGCACAAGUGCUCACCUACUAACGUCUAUGUUUGUAAUGUAUGUUCUGCGUUCACUCCUGUGUGUUAUUUCUGAGACUGUGGGAACUUUGAUACAACUUGUACUGAAUGUCUUAUUGUAAUUUACUUUGUGCAAGAGAGCUGGUUGGCCCCUUUAGGGUCCCCGAAGGUGUAAAGAUGACCUCUGCAAAGUAUGUGGAGUUUCUGACUGACCACUUUCUUCCGUGGUACAGAAGGAAGAACUAUGCUUUCCGUAAUAAAAUCAUCUUCAUGCAUGACAAUGUACCAUCUCAUGCUGCAAAGAAUACGUCUGAAUCAAUGUGGCCUCCAUCCUCCCCUGACCUCAAUCCUAUUAAGAACCUUUGGAGCAUCCUCAAGCAAAAGAUCUAUUAGGGUGGGAGGCAGUUUACAUCCAAACAGCAGCUCUGGGAGGCUCUUCUGACAUCGUGCAAACAAAUUCAAGCAGAAACUGUCCAAAACCUCACAAGUUCAAUGGAUGCAAGACUUGUGAAGCUGCUAUCAAAUAAGGGGUCCUAUGUUAAAAUGUAACGUGACCGUUAAAAUGUUGUUAUAAGUUUGAUUGAAAUAGCUUUUGAUUUCAGUAAAUAUGCUGCAAACACAACAAAUGACAAUUUUCAGUUCUUUACAACCUAUAAAGUGUUUUGAAACUUACUGUGCGUAAUAAUUUGGAACAGUGCAUUGUAAGUUUUUUAUGUUUUAAACAAAUACUGUUAUCAUUAGGUUUGUUCAAUAAAAUUUGAAUUGUACUCUUAAUAGUUAACAUGAGAAUUAUGCUGACUGUUAUUUACAUCAAUUAUAUAGGUAAAUGAGAAAAAUGUAAUUUGCAUAAUAAUUUAGAACAGGGUGUACAAUAGAAAACAAAAAACAAAUCCCUUUGCACAUUUGAAUAACUGGAGGAUUUUUAUUUUCACUCCAAUGGCCAUUAAAGUGUAAGCUCAUCUGCCACAUCAAGGUUAAACCUCUUAUGUGAGUUCUACACUAACCGUUAGGAGCCAGACACGCAGUGCAUAGAAAAAAAUACUUUCAGUCAAAGUACUGCAUUGACCUAAAAAGAGAGAGUAAAGUGCAUUCUUUCUAUUGUGGCCAUGAUUAUCACCCAGUUCCUGUUCAGCUGGCUGUAAUCUGCUCCUGUUACAAGACAUUACCUUCACCAGACUUGGGAGAGCUUGAUGGCCUGGGGUAGUGCAGCCCCAUAAUGUAAAAUUAGAUUUGUAUUAAUUUCUCUUGGUACAGACUUUCUUCACGUCCUGGAUAACUGUGGACGUCUUCCUCUUCGAUGACGACCUAGUCAGAAGAAAAGCCACAGGACAUCCGUUAUUUAUUUAUUUUUUUCUUUAAAUUAGGCUGAUUUUCUGUAAAUAAUGCAAUUACAUGGUUUGUAUCCAUUUUGCUUUAUUAAAAACAUUUGCAUAACAAUAAUUGCGAUUUAAAAUGAUCGCUACACAUUACAUAUAUACUUAUUUGGAACCUCCACUAUGUGAUCACUACUGACACACUGAUUGUGUUAAAAAGACAAUUGUGUGUGUGUGUGUGAAAGGUACACAUAAUACUUACACGUAUGUGUCCCAGUGACGUGUACUUGCAAUACUGGGAAAAAAUAAAAAUAAAAUAAAAUUAAUAGGGUAGUCUCUAUUAGUUUACGGAGUAGCUUCAUUCAUACUUUUCUCGUGAAUAUGCAGCUAAUGGACCCAACCAGGAGCAAAAAACAAAACAAACAAAAGGUCCGCGCUAAUGAACCAAACCAAAUCUAUAUUAAAGAGAGGCAGCACACCUGAAAUGGUAGGGCUCUCUCAAAACCCCAGGAACGAGUAGAACAAUACAAGAAGAAAGGAAGGUUGCGCUAAAAAAGUAUAGAUAAUAUAUCGGGAAAAAAGAGAACACAGAAAAAUAAAAACCAGUGAUUACAAAAUAUGCAAUAAAAGAACUAAGUGACCAAUAUGAUGUCAAUAUGAUGUCAAAAUCAAAAAUGGAAAGGAACAGCCAGAUCCUGUCGGGAAGAUUCUUGUAUGGAAGUGCAUCACGUGACCCGUUCUAUACUCGAUCCUUAGUAGGUUCUAAGCCUCGUUUUUCACUCCUCUUCUCCCAAAAAGUUCCUACUAUAAAAUAUUUUAUUACCAUAUGGUUUAUAUUGUAUUUCAUAAAAAAAAAAUGUUGUAAACAUAAUCACAUGGUAAUUAACUAAUUUAGGCACCACAUUUAUUGCUGAUAUGUUUGUUUCUCCUAUACAUACCUAUGUCUGCCAGGUUUGACUCUUUAUUUAACUUAAUAAAGCCAUCUGUUGGUGAAACGGGUUGUAGAUAAUUUUACAGCCGUUUUAAUUGAGGUAUUUUGGCUUUUUCCUUUUAUAUUGCUAUUAUUUUAUAUUUUAUUGCCUGGCAUCCAAUUUUACUGUUCCAGUGUGGACUACUCCAAAGAAUCCAAGGUUUCCAAGGGCAUUAUACCACUUAUUCCACUCACGCCCACUCACCACAAAGAAAAUUUGUUAAGCCCUGCAUUAAUAUUCUAAAUAAAUGAAUAUUUUGGUAUUUUUGUUUACUUUACUCAACCCACAAUAAUAGCAAAGGUUAUUCUAUUUGGCUUACCACAACCAAUUUUAACCCUUAUUAGAAACAUAGAAACAUAGAAUGUGACGGCAGAUAAGAACCAUUCGGCCCAUCUAGUCUGCCCAAUUUUCUAAAUACUUUCAUUUAUCCCUAGCCUUAUCUUAUAGUUAGGAUAGCCUUAUGCCUAUCCCACGCAUGCUUAAACUCCUUUACUGUGUUAACCUCUACCACUUCAGCUGGAAGGCUAUUCCAUGCAUUCACUACCCUCUCAGUAAAGUAAUACUUCCUGAUAUUAUUUUUAAACCUUUGUCCCUCUAAUUUAAGACUAUGUCCUCACUCCAAGUAAGGUCUCACCAGUGUUCUGUACAAUGGCAUGAGCACUUCCCUCUUUCUACUGCUAAUACUCUCCCCAUACAACCAAGCAUUCUGCUAGCAUUUCCUGCUGCUCUAUUACAUUGUCUGCCUACCUUUAUGUCAUCAUAAUCACCCCUAAAUCCCUUUCCUCAGAUGUCGAGGUUAGGACUCUAUCAAAUAUUAUGUACUCUGCCCUUGGGUUUUUACAUCCAAGAUGCAUUAUCUUGCACUUAUCCACAUUAAAUGUCAGUUGCCACAAUUCUAACCAUUUUUCUUGUUUACCUAAAUCAUUUACCAAUUGGCUUAUCCCUCCUGGAACAUCAACCCUGUUACAUAUCUUAGUAUCAUCAGCAAAAAGACAUACCUUACCAUUAAGACCUUCUGCAAUAUCACUAAUAAAAAUAUUAAAGAGAAUGGGUCCAAGUACAGAUCCAUGAGGUACCCCACUGGUGACAAGUCCAAGCUUCGAAUAUAUUCCAUUAACCACAACCCUCUGUUGCCUGUCACUCAGCCACUGCCUUACCCAUUCAACAAUAUUGGAAUCCAAACUUAAAGAUUGCAGUUUAUUGAUAAGCCUUCUAUGUGCAACAGUGUCAAAAGCCUUACUGAAAUCUAGGUAAGCAAUGUCUACUGCACCACCCUGAUCUAUAAUUUUAGUUACCCAAUCAAAAAAAUCAAUAAGAUUAGUUUGGCAUGAUCUCCCUGAAGUAAAACCAUGUUGUCUCUGAUCUUGAAAUCCAUGUGUUUUAGAUGUUCAACAAUCCUAUCCUUUAACAUGGUUUCCAUCACUUUCCCCACUACUGAAGUAAGGCUUACUGGCCUAUAGUUGCCCGACUCCUCCCUAUUACCUUUCUUGUAAAUGGGUACAACAUUCGCUAACUUCCAAUCUUGUGGGACUACUCCUGUUAACAAUGAUUGGUUAAAUAAAUCUGUUAAUGGUUUUGCUAGUACACCACUAAGCUCUUUUAAUAACUUUGGGUGUAUUCCAUCAGGUCCCAUUGACUUAUUUGUCUUUACUUUUGACAGUUGAAAUAGAACCUCUUCCUAUUAUCAAUUCAUCAUUACUGGUUAUGGCUUUUCUCAGAAAUGCAUGAGGACCUACGGCAUGUGCGUGAAAUUCCUCAUUUCAGUGCUUCUCAUAGAGAUGCAUUUUAUCCAUUGCUUAACUACGAGAAGCCAUAGUCCUGAACGGCAUUCCCAUGCUGUGCGCAGCAACUCUGAACAUGAAGACCUUUGGAAAUUGAAGGACCUAAGGAGGAAGUGGCUCUAAUGGCUGUCCCUUUUAACAAGGGGGUUUAUCAGAGUGUAGGUUUGUUUUGAAUUCUCUUCUUUUGUAAUACAAGCUAAUCAUAGUGUCACUCUCCGUUAAAACAUUUUAUGAUUUGAGAGACAAACUCUCUCCAGCACAGCAUAUAUAGAUUAUUCUGUAAGACUGAAUAUGUAUAUUUAUUUAUUUAUAAAAUGUUUUACCAGGAAAGAUACAUUGAGAUUUCUCUCGUUUUCAAGUAUGUCCUGGGUCCACAAAACAUUGCAUUGAUACAUUAUGGUACAAUAAAAUAAAAAAAAACAAUAUUAAUACACAAUAUAUACAAAACAUAACAACAUAGAGCACGUAGGAAAUAUAUAAUCAACCAUGACAUGUGCAUUCUGUUUUGAGGUAUGUAGAGAGAGAUCUCUUAAAGGACUCUGGGCUUGGGGAAGAUUUUAAAGUGUGCGGGAGGUUGUUCCACAAUUGGAUAUCUGACCUCCAUCCAACAGGACGUUUCCCAGUGUAUCACACCUUACAUAUCCAGUUCUUGCAGUCACAUUCUGCUCUCGAUAUUGCCGUGGAAUAAAUCGCUUUAUUGAUUGAAAACCAUACGUUUUUAGCAAUUGUUUGUCAGUGUUAAAGAAGGCUAUGUAUUGAGUGAGACCACAUGAGCAUUGAGUGAGUUGCAUGUGGAUUCUAGAACAUCGAAAAUUGUUAGUAUCCUCAGAUUCCAGAAAUGUGGCUUUCAGUUUCAGACUGCGUUGCUACAUUGUUUCUCUUCUGGCCGUGAGUUUGAGACAUGUCAUUAGCAACUGGAGAGAAGGUGACACAUUUAAUUAUAGACCUUUUGGGAAAAACUGUAUUGGACUUGGAAAUCACUUUAAAUGGACACUGUAGACUCCCAGACCACUUAAGCUAAUUUAAGUGGUCUGGGUGCUGUGUCCCUUUUGCACUUAGUGAUGCAAUGUAAAACAUUGCAGUUCCAGAGAACUCCAGAGCUCUAAGUCUGCCCCCAGUGACUGUCUGCCAGGCAGGCACUGGGGGCGCAUUCGGAAUCCUAACAGACUUUUGUUAUCUGACGCUGGACGUCCUCACGAGUCAAACUCUAUGAAAGGCCAGGAAGUGCCUCUAGUGGCUAUCUACCAGACUCUCAAACUGCAAUGUUUACACCCGAAGAGCUAAAAUGACAGGGACAGUGCACCCAGAUCACUUUAAUGAGAUGAAGUGGUCUGGGUGCCUAUAGUGUCCCAUUAACUGUCUGACUACCAGAGGGUUGAGCAGCUGUAACGUGAUUUCCUAUGGUAGAGAAUUCGUGAUCAAUGUUUUAGACCGCUAUAACAGAAUUCAUGCAAAACAAAAACAACAAAACACUCAUUCUUUGUUUAUUUAACUGAUGUUAAGACAACAUUUUGCCUUUAGAAAACAUCAAUGUAUUUUAUAACACGGAAUGAUUUAGAAAAAUCCCCUCCCUUUAUCGGUGCAGAAUAAUGGCUUCCUGAUUCGUGAAAAUGUAUAUUUUAUCAUCCAGUGUUUUUUUUUGUUUGUUUUUUUUUUAUGGGACAUACCGUGGUUUAGUGUGUUGUGUCUCAGAAUAUGAGAGAUUCAGCUCCCUUUGGCUUUUGUGCAGCACUGAUUCGUGAGCUUGCUUGUUACAGCUCCCUGCUACAAUGAUAUCUUCUGCUUCAUUCUUUGCCUUGACUAACAAAGUCUAACAGCUGCCUUGGGUGGCAUAACCAAAUUCCAGGAUUCACCCUCGCCUCCGGCUUGGAAAUGAUUAUAGAGAGAACAGCGCGCAAAUCUAUUUUACAACAUGUCUAUAAAAUAUUUUUUUUUUUAAGCAACAGCAAACAGCGUUCCAUUCUUAUUAAUUACUAGCUACCUAUUCACAAUCUACCCACACCCAUGGAGUCUAGUCAGCAUUAGUUAAAGGCAAAGUUUCGUAGGAGCUGUAGUUCAUUGUAGGUAACAAAACAAACAAAAAAAACUUACUUUUACAUAGAAUUUGUAGUUCUUUUAGCAAUUCUGAGCUUUCUAUUUAGUGAAUAUCUCAAUUAAGACAAUUACCUCCUCUAAGUACUUUUGUUGCUCAAUUCAGAGACUGGCAAUUUAUAACAUCCUUUCAUUGUCAAGUCUGUGCUCGGUCCAAGGUGAAGUCAUUAUCCCUUGGAUUUUAUUAUUGCCAUGUUAUCUAUUUGUUUUUUGUUUUGUUUUGUAUUAUAUUCGUCUUAUUUUUAAUUAAGAAAAGGGAAAAUUGGAUGAGGACACAGGUUUAUUUGCAUAUUCUAAAAUCCAUACACCAUGGAUAUAGAUAUUGAUGUUACUUCACAGAUUUAUUUUAUUAUUAUUAUAAUCUUGACAAAUAUAAAUGCUAAUCCUAAAUCAAAUCAAAUCAAAAGAAACUUUAAAACAAUAUGUAUACAUAUCCCAUUUAGGAAAAUAUAUUAAAACAGAAGAACAAAGAUCUGACCGACACCCUAUAACAAUGUGCAAAAAGGGGGAAAUGGCGCUACAUAAAUAAAAUAAUCAUAGUAAUAUCCCUUGGAGAUAUGUAGAUAUACCAAGUCCUCCCAUUGCUAAUGAUGAAGCACCGACAAUGGUUGAAUAUUUUGGUAUUGGUAUUUUUACUAAAUUUGCAGUCACCCUAUUCUCUGGAUGUAUAUAUAAUAUUUUCACACAGAAGACCAUUCUAAGGUUAGACACUGGUUCAGUGUAACAUUUUCCAUAUACCACAUUCCUAGGAUCUAUAGCAUCCUGAUCAUUCACAACCUCCAUAAUAAUUGGUAAUGUGCUUUCCUACCGAUCUCACAAAAGGUUGAUCUGAAGUCUUGUAGACCAUCCAGCAAUUUACAUCUUUAUUUUUUAACUCUCAAAGCACCAUAAAUAAUAUUGUUUAUUUAUACUUGUUAUGGGCUGUGGUGCUGUUUGGGCAUAAGCAAUUCAUUUUUUUAGUCGCAUCAAGGGUAUCCACCAGCCAAACUCGACUCUUCCCUUUUUUGCACUAGUGUCACUGUUAGUUUAGUGUCCGUGACAGUGAUAAGUGUCUAAUUGUGGCAUUACGGAUUUAUUUAUUUUAACUACCACUCUCACAAUGUUCAGCCAGCCUGCUGAGCUUCAUGGGAAAUGUAACCUUCACACAUCUGCAUUGCUGAGGUUGUCCAUCACGGGCAAUGUGCUGUCGUUCAGCCCUUGCCUUCACCUUUCCUGUCCUUGGUGUUCUGAUCGGUAUAUUGGUGUUUUAGUGUAAUGAGGUUGUAUGUUGCCCAACUUAUCUUUUUGUGUACAGCACUGAUUAUAAUCAAAUCAAACUGUUCAUCUCUAGAUGGCCUUAAAGUGGGGAAGGGGGGGGGGGAGAGGGGGUCUCUACACCUUAGCGACCCCUAAGGUGUAGAGAGAGGGAUAUUUUCUGCAGUGUUAAAAUCAGAGUGGGGGAGGUGUACCAGCACAGAAAGGCUUCAUCUCACCUUGGGAGAAUUGCUAUUGAUCUAUCCAGCAGUGUGCAUCCUAAUGUAUUGCUGGGCUGGGUACCCAGAUCAUCAUUCCUGGCAAGUAAAAUUAAUAAGUGUUUCUCAUUUAACCCCUGGACCAGGGUAAGGAUAGAAUUUCUGUGUCUUGUUGUACCCUGUGCAGUACAUACAGUCGUGUUUUUUAAUUUAUUUUUUUGAUUCUCCUUCUGAUCAGUACUUAAGCAAUGUUGUUACUCUUGCAGAAUGUUGCUCAUUUGUGCAAUCUGUUAAUUUGCGUGCUUUGUUCCCAUCUGAGACUUCCUUGUAAUCUCUUCGUUUAAAGGUUUAUUUUAAGACUGAGCUACAUAUUUGUAAGAUGAGUAAACACAUCCCUUGUGGUCUGUCUUAGAGGAGCAUUAUCCUGCGACAUUAAUGCUAGGGUUGUUAAUGAUUUAAUUACAAACAUGCACAGGCGAAGCAUUUAGAUGUUAAUUUUUCUUUUUCCAUAAAAUCCCGUUUAUCUCGUUCGUAACGGUGGGGAAUCCACGUGAUAAACAGAGGAUUCUUAAAAUGAAAGCUGUAAGAAAAUGUUAAUAGAUUUUAGAAGCAAGUAGAUUUCAGAAGUUAAAAAAGUCACCUUUUAUGGUCUCAAACAUGUUUGAAAGGUUUCCAAAUAGGAGUAUUUCUAAAAAUUAAAGAUAAUUUCAGUGCAUGCGUUCAUGGCCUAGCUAUGUAAGUAUAUAGAUAGGACUGUUGUGAGAAUGAUCAAUCUGUUUUAUUCAUCUGUGUCGUUUUAUCUAAAAGCGAAUGUGGGCAGGACAUUGCUGUGUUUGUUUAUUUGAAUAAUCCUGAUGGCAUUCUGUGAGUGUUGUGGAAAUCCACAAUAUUAUUCACUGAUAUUAGAAUUGUAGUGAAUAUCACAUUUUAGGCCGCAUUUGCAAAAUGUACAAAACAAGUCAGCCAAGUUUUGUUAUUUCUGCGUGUUUCAGUAUAACCCUGUUUUUCUAGAAAGAACGUUUUGUUUAUGACUUGUAGAUACCGUUCAGCGGUAUGUCUGAGGAUUGAUUAUAAAUAUGUGUAUUAAAGGUUCUGUUUACAGCACCAACACACCCACAUGUUGACUGUAACUGUGGAAUAGAAUGCAAGUCUUCUUACAUAUAUUAAAAGUCCUUGAAUACAUUAAUGUAACCGUGAAAAGAAGAUAAUGGCCUUUUAUUUUCUUUUAGAUCUAAAGAAAACACUGGCGGUUCUGCUGGAUAAUAUUUUACAACGCAUUGGGAAACUAGAGUCUAAAGUGGAUAGUCUGGUGAUUAAUGGUACAGGGUCGAAUUCCACAAACGGUACCACGACUGCUAUCCCCAGCAUUGGAGCUGGGGAUAAACUUAACGUAGCAGGUAUGUAGCUAUUGCAAUAUUGUAGCAUUAUGUACAUUAAUGCAGGGAUUGUAUAUAUCUGCUGGUAAUGCAGUGGAGUGCGUUUGUUAGCUUAAUGGGGCAGGUUUAUAUAUGUUUGUAAAUUAAUUCAACAGUUAAUGCUUGAAUGUGUGUGUGUGUGUAUGUAUGUGUGUGUGUGUGUGUAUAUAUAUAAUGUGUGUGUGUGUAUAUAUAUGUGUGUGUGUGUGUGUGUGUGUGUGUGUGUGUAUGUGUAUAUGUAUAUAUAUAUAUAUAUAUAUAGAUAUAGAUAUAGAGAUAGAGAUAGAGAUAUAGAUAUAGAUAUAGAUAUAGAUAUAGAUAGAUAUAGAUAUAGAGAGAGAGAGAGAUGGAUUAUAUCUAAUUAUAAAGAAUGUACUUGCCAUAUAUAUUAUAUAUUUACAUAACAAUUCACGUCUAGGUUAAAUCUCUAUCUUGUAGAAUAGUACUGCGUUGGGUGUACCUCUGUUAGUAUGUUAAUGUGGUUUGUGUGUGUGUGUUAACGAGGGUCUGCCACUUCAGAGCAGCAGAGGCAGGAAGUUUAAAAAAAAAAAAAAAAACCUUAUCUCUGCUGCACUUCCACAUUGCAGCAUCAUCGCCUCCCAAUAUGCCUCAGAAAAUUGUAUGUGUGCUCGGACAUAUACCUGAAACCAUUUUGUGCAUGCAAAUGUGUGCUCUGAAUUUUCUCAAACCGUGUUGUGUGUGUGUUUGUGUGUGUAUGCCAUUAAGGGGUUAAAUAAUUACAUACAUUGCCCAGCCUGGCAAAGUAUGUAAAAAUAAGAUGGGGAGAAAAAAAAACAACACAUUUUAAAGACUUUUAGCAAAACCAAUAGCUAACUUUUAGUUGGUUGGUUAAUAAUAUGACAGUUCCCCUUUAAUACAGUGAGUGUAUAUAAGCUGUGUAUGUAUACUUGUUUUAUUGGACUAACAUACUUAAAAGACUUUCGAGAGUUUUCCUCUCUCUUCCUCAGAUCUGAAGCAACCUUAGGAAGAGAGGAAAACUCUUGAAAACUUGUCUUUUAAGUAUUAUGUUCGUCCAAUAAAAAGGUAUCAUUGCAUAUUCUGGUAUUUUGGCAUCUUGUCUACUUGACUAAUACGACUCAUCCAGUAUAAAUAUUCGGGCAGCUUGUUGUAGUUUUCUGGUUUUGUAAAGUGUCUGUAAAUAUGACUGUUUGCAGCAUUUCUUUGCAGUGUCUGGUUAAACACUCACACACAGCUGUUAAAAUAGGCUAAACCUGUUUUUGGGUUAAAUGAGUACUAUAAUUUCAGGAAUACAAACAUUUAUUCCUAACACUAUAGUGCUGGAAUACAUAGACCCCACCCCCUCUCUGUAGAGAUAAAGUAAAUUUUUUCACCUUUACUCCACAGGCACACUGGUCUUGCCGCAGUGCCAAUUGAAUCAAAGCAUCUCAAUGUGAAAUAUCAGUGCUGCACACUGUGCAGCAUUGACAUAGGAAGCACCUCUAGUGCCCCUCUGAGCGACUGCCACUGGAGGUGUUACUAGCCAGCAACGUAAACACUGCCUAUGUAAAUUUGUACCUAUCAGUUGCCAUUUGUGUUUUGUGCCCAGCAGAAUGAGGUAAUUGGUUUUCCCGAUGAAGCAGCUGUAAUUUGGUUACUAUCAAUGUCACUUUUGCUAACAAGCUUAUACCACAGUUUUACAUCUCUUAAAGGGAAAGUAAGGCGUUUAACAGGAUAUCUGUUAUGAAAAUGUAAUAUCUAGAAUGUUCUCCGUGAUUUUAUGUUUGCAUACAGAAUCAGGGAUUUUCUAUAAAGACUGGCACUUGGAGCUGCAGAAUCUGUCUGAAAUGUAACCCUGAUAUUGUUGUAUGGAUUUUUGUGAACUGGAACUAAUGCAAAACAAAUACAAAUGCUCCUCUUUAAAUGAACUCUAAACGUGUAUUUGUAGUAAUUGGCUGGGGUUUUCUGAAUGAAUCCUGAUCUUUUGUUUUUUAAUUGCCCCAUGUUUGAUCUUUAUCCUAAAGAGCAAUCAUAUACAUAUUCUCCCCACCUUCUCAUGACUUUACAGAGGGACUGGGGUUACUCACUUCAUCACCCCAGUAAAUGCAAUUUUACCGCUCACUAAAGAAAUGAAUGCAGCGGAAAUUAGUGUUAAAAAAAAAAGAAGUACUUCUGUGUUAUGGUGACUGUACCAACCAGGUUGUCUCGCUGUUGGUAUAUUCUACAUGCGCUCUGAGAGUCCACAAAAAUUAUAAAAUUUUAACAAGUUUUAGCGGAUCAAUAGCUAACUUGUUGAUCUUUACGCUAGCGUUGCACACCUCUGGUUUCUGGUUUUCACUUGAUCUUGUUGUAUUUUACUCACUUGAUUUAUUAUUUAUAUGUGGUUAGUAAAACACUGUUGAAUUUGUGGCAAAGUAUUCUGCUAGCUUCAUUUUCUCAUCUGCGGCCCUUUGUCUAGGUGCACAUUGUAUCGUUAGUAACUCGAAGUCGUGCUAGGUGUGUCACUGAUAAAUAAGUGUCUUAAAUGGAAUAGCUGUUUGUUUUGGACCAUGUCAUAACUCUCAAGUAACCGUAUUUAAGAGGGACUGUUCUUAUUUUGUUCCCGAAUCACCCAAAAUUUCUCUGGACAGCCUGCCCCUAGCUACACCCCUAAAAUUAUUAAAGUGUCCCUGUUGGUCCAUUUGAAUUGAUGAGCGGUAUUAUUACUUCAAAUGCAUGUGUGGCUAUAUCUGAUACUACCCUGAUCAGCUGUUAUUCUAAAUCGGAAGGUUUCAGCUACAACACCUGCUACUUUUACAACGGGGCGGACAUUUUGCUUUAACCCCUUAAGGACGCAUGACGUGUGACAUGUCAUGAUUCCUUUUUAUUCCAGAUGUUUGGUCCUUACGGGGUUAAGGGAUCACUAUAGGGUCAGGAACACAAACCUGUAUUCCUGACCCUACAGUGUUAAAACCACCAUAUAGGUAGCUUGCUCCCUACUUAGCCCCCUCAGAAUGGGUUAAAACUCACAUUAUUUUCAGCUCUCCACAGGGCUGCUGACGCUGGCGCCGCCCCCUUGGUGACAUCAUCAAAAUAGCCGAUUUUUAGCCAAUCCAAUGCUUUCCCGUCUAAGGAGUGGCCACUUGGCGGUCUUCCUAGGGGCAAUGUAAACACUCUGAAAAGGCAGUAUUUACAUGAAAAUACCUGAAAGGAGCUAUUAUACUCACCAGAACAACCAAAUGAAUCUGUAGUUGUUCUGGUGACUAUAGUGUCCCUUUGAGAUUUUUCUUGGACAUGCAUGUAAAGUGAAAUGUUUAUAUGUUCUAUAUUUAACAUUUAAAAGGCUUCCUUACAGGUUUCUAAGAUACUAGAAUAACAAUAGAGGUUAUGUUUUUACAGUUUCACUGAGCAGUAAAAAAAUAGCUGUAUAAUUAGUGCACACUCAUUUGCAGUCUUAGCAUGUAGGUAGCCAUUUUUGUUUGUCUAUAGUUUUUUAUUGAAUAUUUUUCAAGGAUAAAAUGACAUACAGACUGUGUACAGUGAGCAUUGAGAUAAAGCAUUGUCCGAAAUACAGUUAGAAUUAAGUGAGUUAACCAUCAACAGACGUAUGAUAAACAAUGUGCAGAACAGUGUUCUGGUGAUAGUACUGAAGCGAUCUCUGGCCAUUCAUGAUAUAAGUAUUCACAUCAGACUGGGGAGUUAAGGGUGGGUACAGAAAGAAAGUAAAAGGGGAAGAGAGCUGGGAGGUAACAACAGAAUGAUGUGUUUAAUUGUUCGGUGUUGAUUAAUGCCAGGGAGAGUAGGUUCAUCCACAAGUUCCACAUCUCGGUAAUUUGCUCUUGCUCUACACUGGACAUGGCUGAUAUGCAUUUAUUGAUACAGUAUUGGCUACUUUUUUCUAUUAAUGCACUCUUUGUGGGGCAUAUAGUACGCUUCCAGUUAAUGGCUUUUAAAUUACGGGCAGCUUAAAUAAUUAGUGCCACCAGUCAUUUGAAGGGAUUAGUUGCACCAGGUGGAAAUUGUAGGAACAAUUAUGUAGUUGGGUCAUGAAAGGAGCCAUUUUGUUUCACAAGACUCGACUCAUUUUCAAUCCUAAAUUAAAGGUCAGCUAAAAGUAAAUAUCAAUUUUAAGGCUAAGGUAGUUGAACUGCUGAACUGCAGCGGAAGCUCCCUCAGUGGCUGUCAGUAUAACAGCCACUAGAGGUGUAUUUUAAUCCUUAGAGGUAAACAUUGCCAUUUCUAAAAAAUGACAAUGUUUCACAAUGCAGGAUUAAAUUGACAGGACCACUGCACCCAGGCCAUUUCAGUGAGAUGGGUGACUUUAGUGGUCCUCUAAGGGAAGGUUUUAAUAUAAUGUGAAGGCUUGUUUUUUUUUUGUUUUUUUUUUCUUGUAAAUUGCAGUUUUAAAGAUCUAUCUAGCUUCUUAUAGAUCUUGUCAGCUUAACUUGCACAUGCUACUCUCUGACUGUUGAUGUAACCACAUCCAUUAAAGAGACUUUAAAUUAUGUUUUCCUGUAUUUUUAUCACCAAGGACCUUUCUUGCAUUAUGUCUGCAGUUUCUCCAAUAAUUUACUACACCCAGAACCUUUUAUUCCAGAACACUACUAAUGUAAUAUAGAUAUAUCAUCAUGUCAUGUUAAUAAAAAAUAUAUAUUUUUUAGGUUUGUCUGUUUACUUUGCUGCACUACGUGUGUGGCAUUCUCGCAUAAGUUUAUACAUAUACUGUAUAGACAAAAGCCUGGUUCCUCUAAAGCCCAAACUAAUUUUAGUUACAUAUAUGCAAAUAAUUUAAUCUAAAUACUUAAUUUUUCUUAGAAUAGGCUUUCAUUCUUGCAUUUGUUUUGUGGUCUCCUCAAAGAUUAUUAUUGUUAUCAAUUGGCCUUGGGACCUUUAAUUCACUGAUUAAACCUUGCUUAGUCAUCUCAUCUCCCUCUCGUUAAUUAGCCACAAGCCUGAUAUUCAUUCUCUGAAACUGCUAUGUUUAUAGAAGAAAGAGUUAAUCCUAGAUGGACCUGGCACCCAGACAACUUCAUUAAGCUGAAGUGGUCUGGGUGCCUAUAGUGGUCCAUUAAGCUAAUUGUCAAUAUAGUCUUAAAGGGAUACUCCACUGCCCAAAUAAAACAAAAUCACUGUUUAGUAGAUAUACCCCCCAAAAACACGUACAUUUAACUACAAUUAAAAAAAAUAAAAUUAAAUUAAGGUAUAUCUAAAAACAACUGCAAGAGCUGUGGAUGUUUUGUCUACAGCCUUUGCAAGCCCUCCCCUUCUAACCCAGCCCACCCUUUCUGUGGCUGCCCAAUGCAGCUCAAUGAGAAGAAUUUGCAAGGCUGGUGCAUUGGGCAAGUUCUGCCUCUUGAGUUUUACUCCACUGAACCAAAUAAACCAGGAAGUAACAGAAUCUGUUGUCUGACAGCCAGAAGUUGUAACAAGGUUAAUUUAUAAAAGUGAAAAUUUCUAUUGAAAUCUGCACUUUUUGUCAAAUGAAAAGAUAGAACACACUCCUCGCCCGUAGACCAUUUCAGCAAACUGAAUUGCUUUAGGAGUUUGAAGUGUUCCUUUAAGCCGCUGGCUGGCAGUUUGUUUUGUUCAAACUUUAACAUACCUGAAGCUACAAAGCGUUCUUCUACACAAUGACAUUGGUUUUGGGUGACGGGUGCCAAUGGAGAAGCUUGCCACGCAGCAUGCAGAUGGUUAAGACUGCUCAUUGGCGUGGUACGAUGAUCAGAAGGUGUUCUGUGUUAGUUUAAUGACCAGAUGUUCUGAGCAGCUUAGAUACAUGAAUGUAUAUCUACCUGCUUCUUUUUUUUAUCUUCACUUUUUCUUGUUUCUGGGGAUCAAUGAACCCGUACAGAAGCUCUGUACACUAGGUAGAUAAAAGAACCUUAUUCCUACAGAAACCUAACACAACACACCAUGUAAGGUAAGACUGCUGGACAAUCUCCAAGGGUCAGGUUUGCGGAAUUAAUCUCCUUUGCAGAAGUUUCUAUCUCCUCGUUUCAUCUUACUUGCAUUCAUUGGCGCUUGGCACCAGUUAAGCUCAUUGAUUGUAUGACUGUCGUUGGUCUGCUGAGAACAAAUAGCCUGUCUUGUCACUUCCAAAAUACAAGGUGAUUAAAAACAUUUUUUUAUCUUUUAUUUUUUUUAAAUCUGUCAAGUAGUUUAUUUUCUGUUCACUUCAGAAAAUGUAGUAAUUAUGUAGCGAGGUGGCAUGCAGGCUCUUGUCAUUCAAUCGUUGUAGAAGUCAAAGCUUGUAUAGCCAGGCUUUUUGUCUUAUAUAACUGUGUGGUGAAAGAGACACUCCGAUAUUUAAUACAUUAUAUUGUAAUGUAUGAAAAAGUAGAACACUCUCCAAAGUUUUCUGAUCCAUGCAGGUUGGAAAGCGGCUUACACCUGUUGGCCAGUCCUAGCCAUCCUGUUACGGUGUGAUUGUUUAUAGUCUAUACAUGAUUUUAUGAGUUUUAGACAUUACCGCAUGGGUACAACUGUGCUACUGGCUUAUGAGGAAGAAGCUGUUAUAGCCAUUGGCAGAGGUGUAGGGGCUUGCAUAAUGUGCAUACAAGUACUUGUACUGCCGUGAGGGGAAUCCUUAUAACUUCAGUGAUUUUUACAAGUUGCUGCAGCAUUAUGUAACCUAGAGAAGCCAAAAGGGGGUGGGGGGGAUUUCUUACACCUCUUCCAGGAUUAUGCUUUGUAAUUUUUAUUGAGCCUUCAAGAGGAAGAGCCACUAAUCCUUACUUUACAGUAAGAAUUACAUUAAAACAAGACGCAUCUUGUGGAAAAAAACCAACCUCAGCAUCCCACAAUCCAUAGCUCAUGGGUGCACAUUAGGAGAAAUGACAUGUGUUGAAGGUAGGACAGCACUCUGCAGCCUUUACUGUUGUUCUAACAUUUAAUAAUGCUAAAAGUUUUUGCUCAUUUUGUUUUUGCUAAUUUCUUUGACGUACAGUAGACCGGUAAUAAUUCUUUGGGAGAGAAUGUUGAUAAUUUUGGUAAAGUUGAAUUUCCUCUUCAUUCCCCAAGAUCUGCAUGUUUUUGUUUAGUUGUUUUUUUUUUUGUUUUUUUUUUCACGUGGUUGGAGAUAAUCAACUUGUCAUCAAAUUCUCACCCUUGAAAAAUGGUGGUUGGAUUCUAUCCAGUGGUUUUGUGCCAAAAAAAGCAGCAUCUGAUUUUUUUUUUUUUUAAUGUAUUUUUUAUUUUAUUUUUAAACUCAGAGGAGAUGAAGGCAAACCUUAUAAGAUCUGACCCAGAAACAAAAAUUGUUCUAUUUGCUUGGAAUCCCCUUAAUCUUUCUCUCUGCCCUGUAAGGCUCCGGCUGUAAAUCAUCCUUUUCCUAGUAACGUCUUAUUGUAGCAGUUCAAAAAUAAUAGUCCAGUGCACUAAAAACUCAAGCCCAAUACAUGUAAAGGCAGGGAAGUCCCAUAUUUAUUGAUCACACAUUUUUUUAAAUACCACUAAUAAAUGUUUUGAGCUUUCAAUAUACUGCACUAUCUGUGGGUUUUUUAUUUCUCUCACCUUCCCCUUUUGUUAUUGUGAGUCAUUUUUACAUGUAAGAAGAUUAAGGAACAAUAUUUCACAUUGACUUUCCUGCAUUUCUUUGUAUUGGACUAGAGUUUUUAGUGCUCUUGAAGGCCCUUCUAGUACAUUGCCAUUGACCAGGACUGGGGAAAUUGCCAAAUAUCUGCUAUAUUUGUCGUUAACCAGAGCUGGUUAUACUUCCUUAAUCAUCGUUUACUGAAAAUGAUUUUCUAAGUAAUUCCAUAAUUUGUAUAAAUCUUUUCAUCUACCUCCUGUUUUUAUCAGGAAGCACUAAGUUCAUCUCCCCCCAUCUACUUUCUCUGUGUUCUUUAUUAAUUAGUUUUGAUUUGAUCCUCAGCCCAGAGCAUCGCUUGGGACUCAGUUUCCUUUCCAUUUUUGGAGAACAAUGCUUUGGUCAAAUUCUUUCUGUUCCUUGUGCUGAUCUGGAAAACAUCCGUUUAGUUUCUCUACUUUUCACUUUUCACUCUGGAAAAAGUAACUGAAUAGGCCAUGGUCGUCCCCAGACAAACAGUAAAAUUGGCCUUUAGUUGGUCUCCAAGCUCUGCAAAUCUGUGUUAAAAAACAGACAGAGAUCCUUUUCUUAAGUGUAUGUUUGCCGAAGAGCAACUUUAUAUCUGAUUCACUGUUGUUAAGCUUUUUCAAUGACAAAAUAAGUAGGAGUAAUGUUUUUCUCAUUGCUAGCCGAUUCUAGAGUUUGCAAAGAUUAUUAUAAAGAACUGUGUGUCUCACAGAAUUGACGGCCACCCACAAAGGUAGCCAGUGUGUGUGUGUGUGUGUGUGUGUGUGUGUGUGUGUGUGUAUAUAAUAUUUCUUUUAGCCUUUGUUGAAAGAGUAUGCUGUAAAAUGUGGAUUGCCCUUCAGUCAGCAUUCUGAUCCCCCUCAAUACAAAGUUAUUUUCAUUCGAAAAUAACAAACUAGCAUAACAUUUAUUUGAAAUAUGGGAUGCAUAAUUGGCUGUCCAGUAGUAUAUUCGCAUAGAAGCUUUUUUGGGGGGUGGGGUGGGGGGCAGAAUAAAAUGUCACACUAAGAUAUAUUAUAUUGGAAUUAAAGGGGCGAUACCAUGAAGAGAGAGAUUUAUGCCAGAGAAUGGCUGACGAGAUAGGUAGAAUGAGAAGAAGAAUUCGAGACGUAGUAGAUGAGACCGAUGUCAGAACGCAUGAGAUAUUGUAAUCCGAAGGGAUCAGUUAGUUUACCAAGAGAGGAGCGUCUGAGCAUACAGAAUUUAUUAGAGGUAUUGAGAGGAUAGGAUAGCGUGAAUGAAGUACCAGCUUGUCCUUAUUGUACAUGAAUGUAGCUAAGCACAUUGUGAUUCUGUUUAUUCUAAAUAAAUAAAAUUGUGUGCUAGUUCACUGGUAAAGCAGGUUUUAUUUAUAUCACUGAAUUCUCAACAGCUGAAAGCCGCGAUGAUGGUCAGGCCCGGAUAUAUAGUUUGUUGAUUUUUCUCUCGCAUCUUUCUGGGGUAUAAGGUAAAAGCAAAAGAUUCCCUCCGGUGCUGCUCUCGGUAGCAGGUAUAGAAGGCAGUUACCAAAUAUCGUCUAUCACCUGCAUGUCCUGUAGUACAGCUAGCACAACGAGAGACACCAUAGCUUCCUUCAGGAACAGAUUUAACAUAACGGAGCCGCCCCCCCUGGACCCAGGCCUCAAAUGUUUGCUUCGUACGCAUUAACACAUAUAUAAAAUUGAAAGACCACUUUGUACUUUUAUAAACCACUGGGAUUCGUUCUUUCUAAAAUAUGGGCAGCAUCCAUUGUAUUCUAGUUCCUGUUAUAAUAGUGUUAUUUAAAACAAGCAUGGCAGAUAUGUUUAUAAUAGCAUUGUUGUGACUGUUUGGGAUUAGGAGCUUGCAGUUAGUGUUCUGCACUGUCACCAGCCUCUGCCAAGCUGCAGUGGGGUCUACAGGCCUUAUCAGCUUUCAUGUCUGUGAGGGGUAAACAGCUGUACCACAUGCUUGGUCGAUAUGCAAUGGCUCUUGCAAUAGAGCUGCAUUCUCAAAAGGCAUAGCUAUAAAAGCUAUUUCACGUUUUACUCAGAGUAUAAAAGGAAUCCGUACUGGGAUAUGUUUGUUGAAAAGCAACCUAGACGAGUUGGCACAAUUCUUUCUGUAGCUAUUGUAUCAAUGCCAUGCCACUGCGUAGAAUAUUCCACCAACCUGGGAAAGCAAUCUUCAAUCAUUCUAUUAUCUCUGUGAAUUGCUUGGCAACAGUUGUCAAAUAUUUCAUUCCGUGUUGAUUUUACAGUAUUUCUGGGCUGCAUUGCUUGCCUGGACAAUUUGGCAGCUCUCGGUGUAGGGAGACAAAUAAAUUCUGGUCGGUCCUGUUAUCAAACCAUCAUUGGGUCACUCGGUCACAGUGAUUUGUGGGACAGAGAGCCAGCAGCUGCUGCCCAGCUUUCUUUUUCAGAAGCCAGGGUUGUCAGUCACCAUUCAUGCUGUGUUUAAGGUUUAUCCUGGUACACAGAGAGAGCUGAAAUAGCAGGUCUAUGAUGGACAGAGACUGCAGAACCACCGUAGAAUGUUUCAAGGGUAUCUCAACAUUGGUAUUCAAGUAUUUUAGGAGUUUAUUUCCUAAUCAGUGCAUUUUCAAUUGGUUGAAAAAAAUAGUCAACAUGUAAAAAAAUAAAAAUUAAAAACCAGGGCUGCUGCAAAUAUUUUAUCCAACUUAUUUAACCCUAUAUUUGCAAUGCAUUAUCAUUUCAUUUCAAACAUUACGCGCAGAUUAUUGAGUUAUUUUGGUGAUCACCACCUCCGUUCUGUUCGUGUAGCCUGUCCUGCUAGGCAGCAGACUUCUUCCUGCUUAGGAGUUCAGGAGUUUAUUUACUAAACAUUGCAUUUGCAAAUGAGCUUUAGCAUUAGAACAACACAGACCAGGACAGGGGUCUCGCUUGUUGUGUAUGCUAUGCAACCGGUUAUUUACCUGUGCAUAGAAAUUUUGAAUAGUGCGCAAGUAACUUUUUGUUUUCUUUUUAUUGUAUGUAUUGAGGCUGAUGAGUACUAUAGUCAUUGCUGCCGCCCAGGAGUGGUGGGAGUUUGAGCGCUGGGCUUUUGUAUGUAAAAAAAAAUAAUUUGCUUUUUUUUGUUCCAGAUUUAAUUAAUGGGGCCCAGGAACAGUGUGAAUUGCCUCCCAUGGACGGCUACCCUCACUGUGAGGGUAAAGUAAAGGUAAAACAUUUGUAUUUUAUGUAUUUACACAUGCACCCGUGAUGUCAUGGUAUGUUACGGUAUGAAAACCAGGAAGUAAGAUUCCCGACUCUCAUACCUAGAGGGCUUGGAGGUGUGGCUUGAAGCCGUGCUUCCAAGCCUUCUGAUUAGUGAAGGGUUUAAGGGUUUUGGGGCAGGUUAGCAGGCACUAUAACCACUUCAAUAAGAUAAAGUUUUUAAAGUACCGACAGUGUUCUUCCUUUUACGCUCGAUGAAAGUACUUUAAAGUGGUUAAUGUCCCAUUGUGGACAACAAGUGAUUGAAUCCACCAACUGCAGCAUCUCAUCACAAACUCUGACUGUUCUGAGCUUGAAAUGAGUGCCAUAAAUUGAGCCAUGAGCACUUGGCAAUGACCAACUAGAUAUUUAAAAAAAUAAAUUCUAAUUAAAUAUUGAUAUAUUAUAUAAAAAAAGAUGAAUGAGUUCUACAUGGUGGUCACCUAUAGCCAUGUUUGUAACAAUGACCAAAUGUUGUGCAGUAAUCUGUAAGUAAAAAGGAUAUAUCUUUUCCAGGAACACAACAAAUAUAACCUUUUAUCUUGCUAGAGAUCAGUUAUAUCAAGUUGGAGUCACACGUGAAAAUGUGUCUGUCUUUGUUUUUUUGUUUUUUUAAGAAGAAGUCUAAAAUAGUCAUUGUGCAGUCCUUAUCUACUUCAUAACUCAGCUGGUGCGUGCAAAAAUACAAUACAUGUCCGCAAUACAAACAAUAACAUAUGUUUACAUGUUUUUUUAAUAUCUCAAAUUCUGUAUUAUUAUGAAAGCUCUUAGAAUAUUUCUAGAAGUGUAAUGUAUGACUUUAUUACAGUACUGAUGGUCUUUUCUUGGCUCCUUUCUAGUGGAUGAAAGACAUGUGGCGAUCAGAUGUAUGCUACUCAAACUAUGGCGUUGACGGAUCCACUUGCUCCUUUUUUAUUUACCUCAGUGAGGUUAGUUUUGGGUACACCAUAUUGUUUACGCAAGGAUUUAACAAGACUCUGUUGUGUUUUUAACAAAACUAAAGUUUGUCAUAAUCUUCCUGGUUUUAUUUAUUUUCCCCCAGUUUAAUUGCGAUCUGUGGAAUACUCCGGAAACACAGCACACGAGAGAGAGAGGAAUACAACACAUCUCUUAUAUCUUAUAAAACUAAAGCACUAUAGCUAUUACAGAUCUGCAAAGUAACAUAUUGAUAUAUGCUACAAGAGUCAAAAGUACAUUUUUCAUGAUAGUUCCCCUCUGAAACUUCAUAAAUGGGGGAGGAGACAGAAUGUUAUGGGAGCUACAGACAUAUUGUCUGUACAGCUAAAUCUAGGUGUUUAACUAAGAGGUAGAGAUCAAAGGAUAAGUGUCUUUUAAUCUAUAGAUAUUGUCAGCACAUUUUAUAAAUUAAAUCCAUACCUACCUUAAAGCCAUCUUGUCAUCCCAUCCGUGCAAUUUGACAGAUUCACUUUAAAGCAAAAGCUUGUUAUGGUGUAAUCAAAGCCUCCAACUCUGUACGAUUGGCAGCAUUUGGCAUUUAUGAGUUAAUGUAAUCUAUUUUUAAUGUGUUCUUAAAUCUCCAACAAGCUGUCUUUGAAGUGUGUAAAACAAUACAAAGUUAACCUCACACAAUGCCCUUAUUUCGCCUGUUAACACGCAGCUGAAAAAGUUGGAAUCUUAAAUGUUUGUGAGCGCAAGCAUGAAAUUAAACUCUAUUACAAUUAUAUGACUGUAUAAUGUUUGCAGCCUGCCAAAGAUUUAUAGAACAGAAUAAUUUGUCAAAAAGAGAACGUUUCUCCCCAGUCUCUAAUCAACAUGUGGUAUCGUCAUGCCAUGAAAAAUGCAGCAUGCUGAUUGGACAUCACAUCUUCCCUCUCUCUCGCUAAUCUGUUCUAUAAACCGCGAUUAUUCAUUUAAGAUGAGCGUAUUUUAUUGAUUAGAAAUCAGUUAUACCUUCAUGUUCAUAUCAUAUGUGUAAGUGUAUAUAUAGGUGAUAAAAUAUUUUCGGUGGUUUUCUCAGAAUUCUAAAGUCAGCGGCUCAUUUAACAGCUCAAAAGCAAUUUUCAGAGAUCUCAUAAAGUGCAUUUAUAUCUGUCUAUCUAUGGAUUUAUAUUGCACAUAAACAGGGCAAUCCUUGCUUCUAUCUUUUUAUGAAUUUAUCUAGCACGUAAACAUAGCAAACCUUGUUCUAAAGAGAAUCACUACUUUAUUAUUUUAUGGCGUUGUUUCUUAUGGGCUUUUUUUCAAUCAGAAACACUACAGCUCAUUGUAAUUGUUAUUGUGUAAAGAGUCUUUGGGUGCUGCCAAUUCCCCCCAAUGUUUGUGAAGGUGAUCCUCAUUUUAUUGAGCUCAUAUGUGACUUUAGCAGAGUUUGAGGAUUUUUUUUAAGGUCAGCUAUUUUUGCAUAAAUUUUAACUGGUUUUAGUUCAUAGUUUAGUCAUUAACCUUGUUUAUUUCAUAUUUUCUGAAUGAAGUUAGUUUUGUGAUCUGUGCGGCAUCUCUUGGCAAACACCCAAUACUUUAUAUGAAAGGUUAGUUAGUUUUCAAUGUGUCAUGAUGCUCAAUAAAAAUUGCUUUGUUAGAAGUUGCAACGCCUUUUCUGGUUUAAAGAGAAAUAAAUAUGUACUGAGAAACAAAAACGAGUGCCAAUAGUUUGCAAAGUAAUUUUCUCUUGCAGUAUUGAAAAAUAGAAAUGUCAGAACAACCUAUAAAGAACGUCUGUGAUACCAGACCUCAAGCUGUGUUUGAGACAGAUCGAAAUCCAGAUGCAGGCGAUAUGCCCCAAUCGAUUGUGUACCAUUUAAUUCGUAAUAUGCUCAUUAAUCUUUGUUGCAGUGUACGUUUGAAGUAUUUAUUUGUAGACAAGAACAGUCCUUUAUGGUGUUUUCAUUUUUUUUAACCAAAUUCUUCUCCUUUGCGACUGUUAAAGGCCACAUUCAGGAGACGGAACUUUCUAUCUUAUAUAUAAUCAUCUGUAACAGAAAGAGCAUUCCUUCAUGGUAGUCAGGACAGGCUUAAAAUGGACCCUCCUCCAACUCUUUCAAUUAGUUUGUUUAUUCUGUACCAGUGACUGUUGGCUGACUGACAUUUCAUUUAGUUUUCCAGUUUUGCGUUUGUAGGGAGCUUUCUGAACACCCACUUUUUUUUCUGCAUUGUAGCAUAUGCAAUUGUUUCUGGAGUAAGUGGUGGAGGAACAUGUGCAAUAAAGUUACCAAAUGACUUCUUGUUGCUAAGGAGCAAAGUUGUUGGUAAAUGCAGACGGAUGACUCUUAAAACACCAUAACUACCUAAAUUACAUUAUCACAUCCUUCUGUUUGGUAAAGUGACCAGCCAUCUAUGCUUCCCCCACCCCAAUGUUUUGUUCAAUACAAGUACAUAACAUUCUCUGGCUUUCUUUAAUUUGCAUUAGAAAUGUAAAAGGGGAUCAAUUCUAGCCCAGAAUUCCCCUUGAAGAUUGGCUACAUAACUGAUGCGUUUACAGAGAAGCAAAGAUCAAGGGAUCACUAAAAUGGACCUUCUAGAGGAGAUAGAGGCUUUAGUUUGUAAUGACAAAUUGGAAGACUAGAAUGUGCAAACGUGGAUUUUGACAGCAGGAAACCAAACUGAAUUAUCUAACUUUAUUCUUAAUUUCUUAAUGUUGUUUUAUGCACAGUCUAUGCUUAGCGUUCUUGAAAGUCUUCUGCUGUGUCUAUUGCUACUGCUUCCCCUGGACGGUGUUUCUGUGCAUCUAUAACCAUUUCAAUAAUAAUUAUAAAAACCAUACAAUUCCUUGUUACCCCUAAAUUUCCUUCUCUGUCAUAGCUUCCCUCUUUCCGGUUAAAUUUCUGGAGAAGUUUCCAUAAUAUCCCAAUUCGUUUUCUGUUCCAAGCUAUUCACGUUGGUUGGAGCCUGUCAGAACAUCUUGUAAUAUUAUUUUUAUUAUAAUAAAUAGUCAAACACUUCACUAUUCUACAACACCAUCUUUAAAUGUUCUUUAGUAUAUUUAUCUUUCUGAAGAUGAGGGGGGGUCUGUUUACAAAACUGGGAGUUGUGACGAAUUGACAAAGAAGGGACAAAAAUUCUAAAACUCACACUUUUUCAGCUCGAUAUUUUGAUAUUAAAUUUGCAGCUCACUUGGAGUUCGCUGUAACUCACAGCUUAGUGAAUAAACCAAAGAAUGUUCUUACAAUUGAUCUAUGAGGUGUUAGUUGUGCCACCUUUUUUCCUGCUCCCAAACCUCCCACAGUUGGAAUAUUAAACCGUGAUAUUACUUUGAGUGGCCAAGAGCUCAGUACAGCCAUCGAUGGCAUUUGCAAAUGACUGAAGGAAAAGGAAAUAACAGCUUGAAUGUGCUUAGUUCUGGAUUUGUUUACUUGGUAGUUUUGCUGUGUGUGGGAGAGGAGCCAACCUAUCUGAUUUAGGAGCAGAUCCAGCCUCACUCGCUCCAGGGAAACAUCAGGCUCUUAAAGAAAAACUGAAAAAAAUAAUGAUUCUGUCCCACAGUGGCUUCUAUUUUGAGGCUUACUGUGCUUCUCGCAGUGUGGCUCUUACGUGUUUUUCUUUUCUUUUUAUUCCACCUUUCCCCCCCCUUUUCUACAGCGUUCUAUUGUUCUCUCUUUUGUUUGCCCGUCUCCGCUCUUUCAUUUUUUGUCAUAUAACAAUCUUAAAGUGCCACAUCUAGCACUCCCACCGAUUCAUAUAGCUGCCUCACUGGCAUUUUUAAAAUUAAUUUUUAUUUUUUUCUUAUUUAUAAUUUUUUUUUUUUUUUUUUAACAUUUUAACAGCAAUUUCUAUAGUGUGCCCAAAAUGUAUUGAAAAAAAAUUGCACUUGAAUCUUUUCUAAACAUCCUGUAUAUACUUUGUACAUGUGUCAUUUUAAUUAAGCAGGGUAGAUAUUGGUCAACUUUAAAUAUUUUACUAUCUCACUAUCUCACCGUCCACUUCUCAUACUGCAUAGUUUUUUAAAAUAUAUUUAUUGCAUCAAACGUUACCAGUCGCCUAAGUCAGUAACGAUGUUCAGUUUUGAACGAGUGACAUACUGCGAAUACCAUUUCUGCCACCAUACCACAGGUUUACCUGUUCUGUAUCAGUUCAAAGGAAUGCGCAAACAUUUUAUCUUUAAUGCUCAGUGUAAAAUAUUACUGCAUCAUAGGAGGUAAACAUUUAAUUAAAGGGAAGGUUUAGAAAACCAUUCAACUGGUUGCAGAAUAUUUUUUUAUUUUUUUUUAUGGAUGGAGUCGAACAAGUCCAUAAAUUGAAACUGUUCACAAUUCCUCCUCAUUGUGUUUCCCCCUAUUUGUAUUAACUCUUCCUCACACCAACACACAGAACACACAUAUAAUUUCUAUAUCUCUGUAGGUUUUUACAGACUUGUUAAGUAGGUGUAUGUUACACACUCCGUUCGACAAAAGGUAACAGACAAGAAGCACCAUAUAAGACUGAAUGCAGUCUGCAGUAUUUGGUUUUUUUGUAAGGACAUCCCUGUUAAAUGUCAGAUACGGUCUGAUAACGCUUGUUCUAUCUCAAAGCAUUAGAAGAAUACUCUUUCAUUUUAUUGCAUUCAUUCUCCUAGUCUAAGAAUCAAGUAAGAAUGACACAUUUCUCUACUGAUGAUAUUUUUUUCACACGUCUGUUCAGUGGUUAUAUCAUCCUCUGUUUAUCUUUCACAUGUAUUGCCUUUGUACAUGAAUAGAAUUGAAGUUAAUUCAAAUCUAAUUGCUAAGUGUAGGCCAAAGUAGUUGAUUUUAAGCUCCAAAUAUGGCAGCUUGCAGAGCAUCAUGCUAAAUGUAGUUUUCAGAAUCUGGAACCGAGGUUGACUCUCCCUGCCUUAUAUCGCAAUCUAAUUGCAGUUCCUCUCCUUAGGGAAUGGUGACCUUAGCCUGUACAACACAUCCUCCAAUUGCUCUUCGAUUUCAGGAUCCUCUGGUUCGAUUUCUGCCUUCAUUGAUUGUGUGCACUGUGACUUGUGUAUAGGUUAUAUCUAUGUUUAACCAAGCUAUACAUAUAGCUGAAUAUACAGAGAUAUAGAAUAGAAUGAAAAUCUAACAAUACCUCGCCCUUUGCAAUUACUUAUUUGAACAAUAUUAAAAGCCAGGCUUUCUGUUUUUUUUUUUUUUUUGCUUAACUCAUUCAUCCCUUCGGUAGCUACUGAAAUUUAUUUUAGCUCUUGAUCACAAAUUAUUGUAAACCUCCUGAAUAUGGUCUAAUUACUGAUCAUUAAUACCCAUCCAAUAAUAUUGCAGCUAAUGGUCUGACUAAAAAAAAUAAAAGUACGCUAUCUAUAUUUAUAGUUUGUUUGUUUCUCCUUAUGGUUUGGAUUUUUUGUUCUCCCUGAACAGCUCAGACAAAACUGCUCUUUCAAUGUUUGUUAUAAGAACUCGAGAGGGAUAGGGUUAAGGUAAUCGAAGCCAUCCUGCUUAAUCUGAUGCAAUUGUUAGAUCUGACUUCAAAAAAAGUAUACAAAUGUAACCCUUAUCAAAGGGACAGGAGAAAGCCAGGACAUUGUGCUGGUGACAUUAAAAAAAAAUACAUUGCGGUAAACUUGGCUUGGAAAUUGAACAAGCUUCUCUAGUCAUUUCAAAAGAGCAUAAUAUGAAGUACUGUACAGUAUGUCUGCGGCGUCUGACUGUGUGAAACCCGAAAUGGGAACAAGCAGAUUGCCUGCCCUGCUGUUCUGCAGAAAGUAUUCUUGCUCAAGGUUAAAAGAAAGGAGCGACAGGCAGGGAUUAAGGUUAGGAGAUUGUGUGUGUGUAUCGGUUAUGCAUAGAGUUACAAUCCACAACAACAAAAUGAACAAUGUGCAGAACGCCACUUACCCAGGGAAAUUAACCGGCUCCUACUGAAUGACGCAUUCCACCAAAUCUAUCCAGGUGGGGCAAUUUGGUGCCUACUGCUUGUACAGCUUUCCAUCGCUGUUAAAUUAGACUCGCAUAUUGACACAUCUCCAGAAUUUCUGUAGGAUUUAGCCAUAUUUCAGCUGCUACUUAUUCUUAAAGUUUUUCGUUCUGUUUUUAAACUGAAAAGAUAUUGCUUGCACAGCUUUAACCCUUUCAGUGCCAAGCAGUGCAUUGUCUACCUGUUCUUCCCACAGACCUGGGGGUAAAACAGGACAUUUUAUUUUUAAGUUAUACCUUUUUAGUUAUUUCGCUAACACGGAGUACAGGCUAAGGUUUGUAACUGACCCGAAAUGGAACUUGCCCCCCACUUUAUAUAGGAAUAUCUCACUUUAAAUGUACAAAACUUGUCCACUUCAGGUACAUACAUAUAUAAUGUAUUAUAUGUUCUUAUAUAAUUAUAUGUCAUUAUUUGUAUUGUAAUUUAAAUAUUGAAAAUGAUAUAGCCUCUGCGCCAUAUAAUUUUGUAAUGCGUAUGGGGGUAGCAAACAUAAAGGGGACAUUCUAGGUACCAUAACUACUUUCUCAUUUAAGUGGUUGUGGUGCCUGGAAUCCUUGGGGGACGGUCAGUGUUAAAUCAUUUUUGAUCCGUUUUAGUGAGGCUUCCCUGCCACCUGACCCCUCUCUGCUUUUUGGGCAAACUGCUUGCUAUUCAUUUCCAGGAAACAUCUCUGCUUUUCUAUGCUGAGUUUAUAAAGUUAAAAUAUCAUUGCGUCUAUAAUGUGUACACAAAGUAAAAUAACUAAUGCUAAAUAUGUUUGUAGCCACAUUUUAUAUGGAAAAAAUUAGCUCUAUAAAACAUGUCCUAUUUAGUGUUUGAUGUGACAGUCUCUAUAAGUCAUAUGAUCCAAUUCCCCAGUCCCCUCGUUGGAAGAUGUGAGCAAAGUACCGUUGGCAUGUAACACCUACAUACAUUAUUUUCUGAUUUCACCAACAAAAAUUUUACUGCACAGAAAAGAAUUAGUGAGGUUAUUGUAAACACUGGCCCACAGUGUUUUCUUUUUGGAUGAAAAGUGUCCAGUGCCUUUAUUUUGUCCUUGAUCUAAAAUGCUUGUGAUGUAGAAAGCAGGUAUAUGUAAAACUGGAUAAGAGUACAAAUCAAAUGUAAACCACUUUGAUAAAAAGAAAAUAAACCAAACAAAACAGUAAACUGAAACUAGAAAAACCUGUGUCCCUUCAUAGAAGCCGACACUUUGAGGGAAUAUUGGUUUCUGUCUGUUCCAGUUCAGGGAUUUUUUUUAUUCUCAUCAAUCUAAACCUACACACACUGCUUCAAGAAUAUUUAUUCCUCUUAAUCUCUGACUGUUAACCCCAUCUGCCUUUCGCCAAGUUUCGUUCUUCAGCCUUUUUGUGUGCAACUUCCAACUUUUCCAUCCAUCCUCAUCUCAUCUGUGUUUCCAACACUUCAUUUAAUUGUUCUUUCCAUGCUUCCUUUCAAUUCCUCAAUUAUUCAAUCUCCCAAUUUGUUCCUCCUCCACCUUAUUCCAUCUGUCCUCCCCUGAUCAUAUCUCCCUCACACUGUCUGUGAUAACGUAUGCCAUGACCGGUCCGUCAAACCCGUCACUACUCCUUCCUGCUUGUGGCACUGACUGUGAGAAGCUUCUGUCAAUAGAGGAAAAAAAGGUGUUGGUGGUUGUUAUUAUUUAGAAUAUUUAUAAAUUGCCAACAAAUUCCUUAGCGCUGUACAAUGAGGUUAUGAUGUGCCGUGUCUAUACAUCAAUGAUGGUUUUAGGCAGUUGCUCGAAGCAGAACCGGUAUGACGACGUUCAAACCAGUCACUACACACAGUUACAGCCAGUAGUGUAGACGGCUAUAAUGCAAGCAAUUUCUAUAGAGCCUGAGUGUCACAUGCAAUGCCUACCUCAGGGCCCAGCACCAUUACAAUUCAAGCAAGGUCUAAAGGCAACUGGUAGGCAAAGUGUAGGCUUCCAAUUAAACAACAAUGCUCUACUUUUGUAUAUGGUCUGUAUAGUUAGUUUCCUUAUUUCAAUUCUCUACUUCUCUUUCUUUCUUCAUAGGAAAUUAAUUUAGGUGACCAGUUUAUAUAUAUAUAUAUAUAUAUUUUUUUUUUUUAAUUCUUAAUUUUUGGCUUCAGCUCAAAAACACAUUAGUACAACAACAUAUGUGGAUGCAUUGAACAUAUUAGAUGCAGAGCGUGAGAGCAGGCAGUAGACAGGACAGUGUUUGGCCUCUCAGGUCAUGAGCUGAAGAAUUUUUAUAAGACUGAGUGCAUUUAUUUUAUAGUGCUGAGAGCAUCCAGACUUAGUCUCCUUUGUGUUUGUGUUGCUGUAAUCACUUUAGCACUAUGUGGGCUGUGAUGUGGCAUUGACUAUGGGAACGUCUGAUGCUUGUAAUUAUAAUGUAAAUUAAUUUCUGCAGAUACCUGUCGUUUGUGUCUAGCUCAGAGACAAUUCUUAAGGUGGGGGGGGGAGUUGUUAGAAGUUGUGUGUCUAUUCAGGCUGAGAGUGGUGGUCUCAUAUAAGAGAUGUGUUAUGAAUCAUGGUAUUAGUGGUUGGUUGGCUGCAAGCAAGCAGGAAAGUGAACAGAUGAAAGUAAGCAAACCAUAAAUGAAUUAGAAACUUUUGAAGUUUGUUUGAGGUAUAAGUUCGGAUCUAGCGAUUCAAGUCGUAACAGCAGUGUACAGAUUCGGAGCGGACCGCUUAGAGAUAAACGGUGUUGUUGCUGAUAGCCUCCAGCACCGCAGCCCUGUCUUUCAUGUUCUGGAACCGGUUCACAAUGUCUCUGGGUGCAUCUGCCGAGACCCUAGGUGACUUGGGCACCUGGAAGUACCCAUCAAGUCCUAUCCCCUUCCCAUGCUUUGGGGUAGGAUGUCUGCCAGUAACCGCCUGAGGACAUGUGGCAGUUCGGCUGUGGGGAUAUCCUCCCUGAUGCCUCUGACCUUCAUGUUCUUCCUACGCCUGGAGUCCUCCAUAGCUGUGAAUCGUUCGAUGUGGAGCUUUGCCUGUUGUUGCGGCUCUGCCACAGCUUGCUGCAGUGAGGCCAGUGGCGUGGAGUGAGCUACGGUGGUUGUCUCCAGAGCCCUCAUCCGGCCUGUCAGGCCCCUGAUGUAUGUGCAAAGCGCUGCUAAGUCGGUCUGUAAGUUAGCCUUGAGGUCAGCCAACAGGGCUUUUAGUACGGCAGUAGUCACUGACUUUGGUUGUGGCUUAGAGGGGGCAGGUUGGUGUGUUUGCGGCACCGGUAUCUCCCACAUCUUCUCCUCGGUGUAGAAAUUAUCAGAGUAUUCUGAACAGGCCUCAGAGUAUGCAGCCAUAUUGGAUCCUGCCGCACCAUGUGCUUGCCAGAAGAGUUCUCCAAUAUUGGAGCCUAAACACGGCUUAUCUGGUUUCAUUUUCCUUACGAUCCAUCACGUUCCCUCACUCUUUAGGGUGCCGGUCUGAAAAUCAGGUCGGGAUUGCGAGCCCCUUGAAGGGGUUAUUACUUUUCCGGCUACACAGAGCUCGCAGGUGCUGUGACCGCUCAGCUUGACUCCGCCCCCCAAUCAAUUUAUAUUUUGAUACUGAACUUUCUCGAAAAUCAUGUGAAAAAAAAAUUCUGUGUCUUAAACUUGGAAUUUAGUCACUAAACUGCACCUUGCCACAGUGAGGGGGUUUUACAAUUUUAGUGUAAACUUUCAAAGUGGUAAGAAAUCUCCAACGAAACCAAACUUCAGAUUUUGGCUAGUAUGACCUAUCAUUUCCAAGCUGUGGUGUCCGCUUGCUUCAUAGUAGAUUUUAAAUUCUGAUUUCAUGAGUUUGAUACUGUUUGGGUUUACUCAACACACAAGUCCUAUUGUAUUAUACAGCUGCAACAGCUGGGUGCUAUUCUUCAAUGCCCCUGUGCACCCAAUACCUUGAAGGACCCUGUCUAGUUGUAAAGAUAAACCCUGUUUCCCAGGUAUUGGGACAUUCUACAUUAAUUUAAGCGGUGUUAGCAUGAAGUCAAUUCUCCAUCAUACCUGGUUAGAAAGGAAGCCUCUUUGCCAUCAUACCUGGUUAGAAAGGAAGCCCCUUCUCCAUAUCAUAACUGGUUAGAAAGGAAGCCCCUUCUCCAUAUCAUAACUGGUUAGAAAGGAAGCCCCUUCUCCAUAUCAUAACUGGUUAGAAAGGAAGCCCCUUUGCCAUCAUACCUGGUUAGAAAGGAAGCCCCUUUCGCCAUCAUACCUGGUUAGAAAGGAAGCCCCUUCUCCAUAUCAUAACUGUUUAGAAAGGAAGCCCCUUUCGCCAUCAUACCUGGUUAGAAAGGAAGCCCCUUCUCCAUAUCAUAACUGGUUAGAAAGGAAGCCCCUUCUCCCAUCAUACCUGGUUAGAAAGGAAGCCCCUUUCGCCAUCAUACCUGGUUUAGAAAGGAAGCCCCUUUCGCCAUCAUACCUGGUUAGAAAGGAAGCCCCUUCUCCAUAUCAUAACUAGUUAGAAAGGAAGCCCCUUCUCCAUAUCAUAACUGGUUAGAAAGGAAGCCCCUUCUCCAUAUCAUACCUGGUUAGAAAGGAAGCCCCUUUGCCAUCAUACCUGGUUAGAAAGGAAGCCCCUUUGCCAUCAUACCUGGUUAGAAAGGAAGCCCCUUUCGCCAUCAUACCUGGUUAGAAAGGAAGCCCCUUCUCCAUAUCAUAACUGGUUAGAAAGGAAGCCCCUUCUCCAUAUCAUACCUGGUUAGAAAGGAAGCCCCUUCUCCAUAUCAUAACUGGUUAGAAAGGAAGCCCCUUCUCCAUAUCAUACCUGGUUAGAAAGGAAGCCCCUUCUCCACCAUACCUGGUUAGAAAGGAAGCCCCUUUGCCAUCAUACCUGGUUUUCCUAGGACAAACCAACCCUGGAGCUAUGCUGGCUUAUGGGUUUAAUUGGGACUGGGUGGAGGCCUGCCAACAUAAGAGACACAUUAUUUUGAAGUUCUUUCAGUGUUCGGAGCCCUACUUUCAAUGCUCAAAUACAUUAAUAAAGAGGUGUCAAACCUUUCAGUUACUUACUGGCAUUCUUUAAGAGUUCUCCAUGGCGAAUUUCCUGGUUGACCUAGUUUACAGGGACGCCGGAAUAAUCCUGGUGUCAAAUUUUAAAUGGUUUAUUUUUAAUUCUGAAUUCGUAUUCACUAAUUGAUUGUUUUAUUUAUUUUCUUGUUUUAAUUGGGGGUGUUUGGUUAUGUAACCGCAACGUCCACUUUGUUUUCAGUAUUAUGCCUACAAUCCAAUAAAAUGUUUUGAGUAAAAGGAAAAAAAAGAUAAACUCUGGUAAAAAGCUUUCUACUAAUGAAUGUCUAAACCAAUUGUUUCAGGUUGAAAACUGGUGUCCUCGUCUGCUGUGGAGAAUUGUUAAUAACAAUGAGGAAGCUGAUAAAAGAACAAUGGUAAGCUAUUUUUAAAAUAUAUUUCUAUAUAUCACUGUACCCCCCCAGAAUCCAUUAGUUGUUGCUCAUUUCUAGUGUGAUUUUAGUGACCUAAACAAUCAGUCCACAGAAGCCACAUGACAUGCAGUCACUCAAGAGAAUCUUCUUCUGAUCCAUUGUAGCAUAGGUCGAUUUAUGCCCAGUCUUGGCAUGUCUACAGACUGCUUUACCCACGAUGCAUUAGCAGUGCCAUGUGUAUCCCUUGCUUGCAUAAAGCUGUGUAUCUUAUGCUCCAUCAAGCAUAACGAAUUUGUGAAACCUUUCCCUUUGGCAACUUACGAAAUUACUGUCUGACUUCCAGGCUUUAAAGGAGUUUGACCUUAGAUUUUAGGUGAAUUAAAGAUGAUAUACGCUCUAUUGCCAUAUUCAAAAGACAAUAUUACUUGUUUUUGUGCACCUCUCACUAAAUAAAUGAUACAGCACAUCUAAUGAGGUUUUAAAUGAUGCACUUAAUUGUCUUUUAAAGAGAAGCAAUAAUGAGUUAUGUAAUAAACAUAAUUUUGCCGUAGAGAUUUCAGUUAUUUAAAAAGGUGGAAAAUUUAAGCGUACUGUACUGGUCAUUUUCAGGCCGAAAUCCGUACCGAUUUUGAGCAUCUCUAUAAAGUAAUGUCGCGGCACGAAGAGUUUCGAUGGAUGACUAUGCGAAUAAAGAGAAUGGACAAUACAUGGAUUGAAGCAAUCAAAUCCCUUGCAGACAAGCAAAAUCUAGAGAAGCGGAAAAGAAAAAAGGUUUGUAUUUAACCCACCUAUACUUGAUUUGCAGAUCAUUCUCGUUUUUCAGAAAAACUCUUCUCCGCAUAAAAGUAAACUCUAUACAUUUUAUAUACCCGUGAGAAACACAGUGGAUUGAUGGUUUAAUGCGUUCAGAUUGAAGGAAAAUGUAUGAUUAACUGGGAAACUUUAAUAAUACGAAUAAUGUAGAGCAUUAGCAUAUUGUACGGAACUAUUUGUAUGUUUUUGCGUAGCGCAAGCUAAAAGUGGAAAACCUUUGUCCCCUUAUAGAAUCUUUUGCCAACACCUUGAAGGAAUCUUGGUUUCUGUCAGUUCCAGAAAUUGUGCAAUAAAAUAGGUGCUAAUAACACGUGCAGCUGUGAACACUGUGGAGCCAAUCAGGCAAUAAAAAGUAGUGUCCAGCGCAGAAGUGUACAAGUAUAAAACAAUGUACAUAUAUAAAACAGUAGUCCCAGAACUCAUUCUACCCAGUGUAGUGUGUGUGUGUAUAUAUACUCUUUAGGUCAUCAACUCACAUUUUAAUGAGCCUGUUAGAAAAGUCUUUAACAAAUGCUGUUUGACUUUGUUUCAGUUCUUCUCCCUUUCUGUAAUGGUAUUUCUUCUAUCACUCUUUGAGUCACCACCCACUCCAGAUAUGUAGUCACAAUAUAUAAAUAUCAUGCAGUGACCAAAUCUUGAAUAAAUGUGUGAUGUCAUACCUCCUCUUAAAGGGACACUGUAGGCACCCAGACCACUUCAGCUCAUUGACCCUUUUGCACUUAGUGCUGCAAUGUUAAACAUUGCAGUUCCAGAAAACUGCAAUGUUUACAUUGCAGCUCUAAGUCAGCCCUCUGUGGUUGUCUACCAGACAGCUACUAGAGGGCUUCCGGAAUCCAAACAGAUUUUUGGUCCGUUACCUGAUGCUGGAGGUCCUCAUGGACCUCCAGCAUCAGAUUUUCCCUAUAGGAAAGCAUUGAAUAAUGCUUUCCUAUGGGGAGGUCUAAUGCGCAUGCAGCCAUUGCCGCGCAUGAGCAUUAGGUAGCGAGGAACGUUGGCAGAUUCAGGUAAGUGGCAGAAGGGGUUUUAACCCCUUUAGCCCCGAGGGAGGGAGGGCGACCUAUAGUUGUUUCCUGGCACUAUAGGAUCCCUUCAAAUGUGUUGUUUAAACCACUAACCUAGACAAAAGUAAAAUCAUAUUCAAAACCAUUUGUAAAAGAAACCUGUGAGAUCUGUAUGAACUGAACAUGGGUGCAUUGCCUGGCGGCUCAGAGAUUCCCCACCAGAAAGAUGAUGAAUAUCCCAUAUCUGUGUGGCAUUCAUUAGUUCUUGAAGGAUGUCUAGUCCCAUUAUGAACCACCAAUAGAGCCCUGGGUUCAGCUCCAGAAUAUGCAAUACCUUGCUGCUGUAGCUGUCUUGUAACAGGGUGCAAUGACUGGCACCAGAGGAUGGUGGACUGAAAUAUGUCCGGGAAUACGGUAAUUUUAGACUCCUCAAAUGAGUCGCGAGUUUACCCUUUAUAAUUGCAAAUAGGAAAGCCAUAUUGUCUCGUCCCCUGAGGAACUUAACAAUCAAGUCCUUUGGAACAUCCUUUAGGGCUUUCAGUGAGUUGAGGACUCAAAAAAGGCCAUCAGUUUGGAUCGGUUUAGCAUGCGUGCUGGACAACACAAAGUACAUUAGCCUUUUAAAUUAUUGAGUCUGUUCUCCGUAAUCCACUGAUUCCAGUAUGCCACUCAUCCAUAAAUGUUUCCACCUGCUUCUAUCCUCAAAAGAAUCCAAACUGGCAUAAUAAGAGGCUAACUCUCGCUGUAUCUUAACUGAGGUCUUCCUCCACAGACCUAACACGUGUUGAUUUUACUGUAUAUUAGUGCCAGCUUCAUACCCAUGCUUUUUAAAAAUGCUAUCAGAAGAUUGUGGGUACCUUUGUGGAGGGUCUUCAUCGGAACCCCAAACAAAAGCACCCAUGCUUUUUACUAUACUGAAAGUUGUCCCAAUGCCUCUGGUGGUGAAGUUGCCACUUCUGAGUGGUGAAGUUGCCAUUUUGGGUUGGCUUCAUCAGGGUGCACUGGAGAGAAGCAAUCUAAAAAUUCAGAUGUCACUUGAUUUCUCUGCCUCCGGCCUCUUCACAUGCUUCCCCAUUUUCUCAGAAGGUGAUCUAACAAAGAUAUCUUAAAAAUAAAUUGUUGUUUAGGCCCCAAUGCAGAUCUAUGCGAUAGCUCUUUCAAAACACUUGCAAUCGAUCGGCAGCAAACACUGGCCCUUUUUCUUCAUUUUAGCACCUUGUAAUACCUGUUAUUUUGAUGGCUUAUUCUGAAAUUGAAUAUUUGCGUGGCAUUGGGUCUUUUUCAGCUUUACCGCGGUGUAGAUUUAGCCUGUUUACUUUUACUAGCUGGCUUUAUUUUAGGAGGCUUGUCAAGGGGAAAUUAAGAAUUGCUCUUUAAAGCCUGUCUGACUUAAAGAAUUGUUUGUUCUGUAUCUCAUGCUGCCACACAGAAGCCCAGAUUUAAAGAGUGUGUGUAUUAUUCUCUGUACGUCACUAACUUUAAUUUGUAGGCAGUCAGUAGUGCACAUUAAAAAUAAAAUAAAUAAAAAUUCAGAAGAGCAGGAUGAUAGUUACAAUUUUUUUUUUAGGAAGUGGCUUAAUAACAAUAGUUUUGAUAUGAUCUACAUUAGAGUUUGUGCAUCUGCAGUUCAUCUUAGUUGUUGAUGUUGUGCUUACAGUUUGUAAUAUUUUUAAAUCAGAUCUGUUUUUUUGUUUGGCUACUUUGUUCCCAACCAAUUAGAAAACAGCUAGAAUACAAAUCAUGGUCUAAAUAUGAAAAUGAGAGUAAACUAAGGCUGCCUGUCCAAUGUGAAAUGUAGACGUCUUAGGGAAUUAUCGCUCAUAAUACUUUAAAUGGUCUUUUAAUGGCAACUUCUAAAUCUUGAUUUAUAUGUAUAUUUUCAUACGGUUGCUUAUUUAUUUAUACAUUGUAUCCUCCUCUGUUAUUUAAAUUACCCAUACAUCAAUCAUCUCUAGUGAGACGGACACAAUUUAUUUGCCUGUCAAGACUUCAAAUUGUAGCUUUUCCCUGAACCCAUUUAAUGUAUUUCUCUUUCCCCAAUGUAAUUAUUCUUUUUCAAUAGCAUGAAAUUUUCUUUUUGUUUCAUGAAUUAUUCCUCUUGGCAAGAUAAGCUUCACAGAUCCCUGCCCAGGCAUUGCCAAUCUCUGCCCUGCAGACUGUGAAAUGAAGGUUUUAUUGUGUUUUACCUUUCAAUGUCCAUUUCUUUUGCAAAUUAGCAGAAAAAUGGCUUGUAAAUAUGCCACAGCCCAACAUGUUGGUGUUUGGUGUAUAGAGCACAUUAAGGGAGUUGUAAAUUGCCAGUUUUUUUCAGUUUUUAGAGAUCUAAGUCCAUACCAAGUAUGGGAGUUGUAACUUAGAUGGCAGUUUUCUACUGUGGAUAGCACCCUGCUGUGCAGCCUUUUAGUUUGGUAGAAUUAAUUGCAUGGGCUGUAUUUGGCAAAAAGUGGUUCUCUUUUCGCACAUAGAACUCGGCCGCUCAACAGCUGCUCAGCUAAGGGGAAGAGUGAACCACGGCCUUAACCCAUUCACGUUUAUUUGCUUGUGAUAGGCUGAGGGAUGUUUAGUAUAUUACUCUAAGCCAAUCAUUGCUAAGAAAUUUUAGACCAAAUUUGCUAAGCCCAAAUAUAAAUAUGCUUGAAUUGUAGAAUUUUAGUUUUGUUUUCAGUUCAGUCUAACUAGAUCCCAAUAUAACCAUACAAAACGCAUAAACCAUUCUGCAAAGUCCUCUCUGUGAUAUGUUUAUUAUUAGAACUGAUAAACUGUACUAAUCUCUAUUAAGAAUGUUUUCAUAUUUGUUUUGUGAACGUUCACUCACAGUUUUAUAGUUCUAAAAGGAGAGCAUUUACCCAACAAAUAUUGCAAUUUUCCACAUUUAUAAAUAGUUUGUUGUGCAAGCAAUGGGAAUAUAAUGAAUAAUUGAAGCAGGUGGCGUGCUUAUUUCUUAAUGUUUAAUUAGAAAUGCUUGUGGGGGUAAAGCUGUGUAGCAUCCUGCUAUUUUUAGUUUUUUGUGGGGUUUUUUGUUGUUGUUUUUUUUGCAUUAUGUUAUAAUGUGUGUUUUGUGUAUAUUUAUUUAUUUUUUAUAUUGACUGCCCGGUCUAGAAAAUCAGUCGGUCAUUUCCAGUAUCGACAAUGUCAAUCUCGGCUGAACCGGUUUUGUCAGAUUUAAUUAUUGUCAGGACUUGUUUUGCAUAACUCAUGGAAAUUAAUUCCUAAAAAUACAACACAUAAUUGUUGGUUUCAACUGGAAGAGAGUUUUGUAAACAUUAUUUUCUUCCUUUCUUUUAACCCUUCAAGUGCAAAUUAGAUUCCACGUUUGGUGAGAUGCAAUCGAGCUGGAUUGAUGGCAAAAAGGGCAAUUUCAUUUUUUUAAUUAUUUUCCUAUUUAAUUUGUGUCCAGUUCUUUUGCACUGCUCAUCCUAUGUAUAAUGAACGAGCACUGGGACGACAUUGUGCGCUGAGUCAGUGAGUAUGACAUUUUUAUAUCACGUGAUUCUCUUUUCUUUUUAGAUUCUUGUUCAUCUGGGGCUAUUGACAAAGGAAUCAGGAUUCAAGAUUGCCGAAAAUGCGUUCAGCGGGGGCCCGCUUGGAGAAUUAGUCCAGUGGAGUGACUUAAUCACAUCUCUUUACUUACUGGGCCAUGAUGUAAGGAUUUCAGCUUCAAUAGCUGAGCUGAAAGAGUAAGAAGAUUUUUUUUUUUUUUUUUCUCAACUUACAAAACCGAACCACACAAAAAAAAUAGGAGAUUGCAGACUAUAUGACGCUACUUAUGAAUGUGCUAUUUGUAAGAGAGGAAUUAAGAAUCGCAAAUCACUUAAUGGUACAUAAGUAGAUUAUUAUGUUUUCUUUGCGGUGUUAGCAGUAUUGGGAGCCUCCGUUUCUGUUGCAAGAAUGAUGUGUUAUAUAGAGGCACAAACCUUUUCUAUUAGUGAUGUAAUUGUCUGAAUUGCCAAAUUGGGAGUGGCCUGCCGUAUCUAGGACAGUUGGAAGCCACGUAUCUUUAAUAUUAAAUACUUCAGGCAAUUUUGCUGACGUUUUCACAGGCGUAAUUUAAUUGUUACAUUGGUCUAAAUGGUCGUCUCUCUCGUUUGUUUUUUUUUUUUUGUUUUUUUUUAAGGAUAUUUAACUUUUUUUAAAUGCAACACUGUUCUAAAUGUAAGGGAUUAAACUUGAAAAUUGAGUAUUCUGUUUAACUCCACCUUUACCUGGAUCAUAAUCAAUCAGUACAUCAGUACAGCAAACACUCAUUAACAAGAUUUCUGCACACACAUACAUCAUUUAGCAAAACCUGAAAAUUUCUCCCCCUCCCUGUUUUCACAGAAUAAUGAAGAAGGUGGUCGGAAACCGCUCCGGCUGUCCAACGCAAGGAGAUAAAGUUGUAGAACUUAUAUACAUUGACAUUGUAGGACUCGCUCAAUUUAAAAAGACGCUUGGUCCUUCUUGGGUUCAUUACCAGUAAGUAACCUGUGUGUUUGAUGGAGCCUAGUAACUGUGACAUCUUUAACACCUUAAUGACCUUUGGAUGCUCCAACCAUCAUAGAAAUUGCAGGCUCUAAUGCCCUUAGCAUGCCAUGGACUGUCCUGGAAUUUUGGUGCAAUCCGUUAAAUCCCUGCCCAACCCAGAGAGCUCCACGUAUUAAUAAGAUAAUUUGUAUCAACUGAUGCCUGGAGCUCCGCUCGGUCAGUACAAGCCAUAUUUAGUGGCUACAAGCUGAUUGAUUGGAUUAUUAUUAUUAUUAAUCACAUCCUAUUAGAAACGCAGGGCUGAAAAAGUGUUUCCUAACUUGAUGCUUACAUUCAUCUAGUGUCUAGUAGUCUAUCGCUUCCCUUGCUAUUAGAAGAGAGCGUCCGUCCCUCCCCCCCGUCCCCGCCCUGAUGAACAUACGUUAGAUCAAACUGAAAUGUUGAUAUUUUAUUUUUGAGCAAAUAAAAGUAUUAAGUGCUAUCUCUAUUUAGACUACUGUGUUGUGCCGACUAGAAAUUAUGGGAUACUAGGAGUGCAAGAUUGUUUGUUUGUUUUUGUUUUGUGUGUAUGUAUGUGUGUGUGUGUGUGUGUGUGUGUGUAUAUAUUCUGUUUUGGAUUUGAAAUAUGCAACCCCUGCAUAUUAAGGCCUUGAAUAAGCUUUCCAAAUGAUUUAAUACCGUUUAAAAAGUUUCCAGGUUUUUAUCUACACAAGCUACCAUUUUGUAGAUAAAUAAUUUGGAAAUGUUUCUAACCGUAUUGAAUCAUUUAGAAAGCUUAAUAAAUCAAGACGUAUUUUUUGCAACUGUUACAUUAAAGCUACACUAUAGUUACCUAGACCACUUCAUCUCAUUGAAAUGGUCUGUGUGCAGUGUCCCAGUCCCACUUAGUCCUGCAAUGUAAGUUAUUGCAGUUUUUGAGAAACGGCAGUGAUUACAUUGCAGGACUAAGAAUGCCUAACCAACGUAUUUUAUGGUUCCUUUUUCUAUUCUAUUCGCUGAGUUUCCAGCUCCCAUGACCCUUUGCAAGCAUUUUCUACAUCCCACACUGCCAGUAAUAUAUAGGACUUGGCUAUAGGUCCUGUAUUUAAAGUCAAGGCUGCUAUGGUUUAUACAUUUUGUAUCCAUUCAGAAGAAUAUCCUCCUAAUGUCCACAACAAAUGCCUGAUCACCUAAACAUUCUAUUUUGUACCACCGCAUUGGCGUAUAUAUAUUUAUCACCAUUGUUACAGUAGUCAAGAAAAUCUGCUUUAAUCCCACUGAAGUUCCCUCUAAUGCAGAGGUAAAUGCCAGGCCAGCUGAACACUUCUUGUGACAAAUGCCGACACAAAAUGCCAGUGCGGAGACAGGAACUGGAGCUGUCAGCUCGAUUGUCAUGUUUGUCUCUGGGUAAUUCUUCUGACUGCUCUUUUUUUCUUAAAGUCAUAAACUAUUUACAUCGUUGGUCCUAUGAUGCACUGCUAAGUGCUGGAAAGUGUCCUUUAUGCCUUCUAUAAAUCUGUGAGGCAGUUGAUGUCUUUCCAAGAACAAUCCGCAAAGCACAGGUUAUAGGCAGCCCCUGGCACUCCAGAUGAUGUGGACAAGGAGCCCUUUAUGUUGCCGGAUGAGCAUGAUGGGCCCUGUGGCACUUGGCAUGUGCCACUCUUUAUUGUCUAAUUCCUUUUAAUGAGGUUGAAGGUAAAUGUUUGGUAAAACGGCAGUACUCCCUCCCUCCUUGCUGCUGCUAGUGUUUCACUGUUACCAUAGCUCUCCAAUUACCCCGUGAUCUAGUGUCCUAGCUAGUGCAUAAUCCACCGGGUAAAUGGGGAGACGAAAGAGGAUGUUUUGACAGUUAAUCAAAGAUGGUAGAAGGUCUCGCUAGAUGAUUUGCUUUAAAUUGAUCCCUUAAGUCCAGCAGAAGUGAUUGUGCUUCGCUGAGGAAGGAGAUAAUCAAUAGUUUACAGUAAUUUGUACCUAAGAAAACGUUCCACAUGCCGACUCGCUUAAUGCUUUCGAAUGGAGAGGAGAGUUGGGGGUGAUUGGAGUUAUAGUGAAUACGGUGAAUUGUAAGCUCAUCUGAGCAAAUGGCUCAUUUAUAUUCAGAUUAAUUAGGCAAGUCUCUAUUUCCCCAUUGUAAAAUGCUGACACUAUACAAAUAAUAUCGAUAAAUAAUAGAUGUCGACCUGAUUGGAGAUAUUCACUAGCAGCAUUACUGCCCAGCAAUGCCAGUCUCUGGUACUACUGGCAGCCUUGUGUGUCAAGAUGCUCCAAAAAGCAUUGAAUGCUUGUAAGGCAGGUUUUUCCUUCCUUAUCCCCAAAUCUGUAUCGUCACUGUCAUGUUAAAGGAUGCUUUGUGUCUUUGCUUGCAAGCAAGUGGUAGCAAUUAUUCACCUUUCAGCCACAUUUUGCAUAUUUAUGGAGCAGUGUAUUAACUGGCCUUUCCUCAAAAGUAUUUUUCCUUUUCUAUAUAUUGCUAAGACAUUAAUUGUUUUUUAAGUAUUGUGUCUUGGAACCCUCUGUUCACUUGGAGCGGUGAAUUCCCUGCAGGCAUUUUUAUUUUACUCCUGUCAUUCUUAGAAUGUUUAUACUCCUGUAUGCAAACAGUGUGAGUGAGACAAAUGUUUCCAAUACCAAAAAAAAAAAAAAAAUAACUGUUUCCAACUUGUAAUUUAGCAUCCUUGCAAUGAUACAAAACAAUGCAUUUGUUCCUAGUUAAUGGAAUCAUUCAGGGUGGUAUAUGAUACUGGUAUGAGGUUUUAUUUUUUUUAGAUGUAGACUACUUCUUUAUACAUAUUAUCUGCAUUGUAACAGCAGUGUUUUAUUUUUUAUUUUUUUAAUUGGUUUCCUUUGACAAAAGAUCAAUAAAACUAGUACUAUGUAUAAACCGUAAGCAAUACAUCCGUGCCCAUACACUUAUUGUGUACCAUGAUUUCAUUAUUAUUUCAUUCGGUACUUUCAGGUGCAUGUUACGAGUCUUGGAUUCAUUUGGAACUGAACCAGAGUUUAAUCACGCACAUUACGCGCAAUCUAAAGGCCAUAAGACUCCGUGGGGAAAAUGGAAUUUAAACCCACAACAAUUCUACACGAUGUUUCGUAAGUCAUCUUGUUUGUUUGAAUAGCUCCAUUGCAGAUAUGAGUCAGUGAAAUGUACUUUGCGAUGUUAGAUAGUUCAUCUAAUUUAGUUAAAUACAUUUACUAAGGGCAACUAAAUGCCAAUUGCUAUGUAAAUAUUCCAAAAUGAAAGAGAGUUCUCCCCAAUCACCAAUGUUUACCAUGCAUGUCUUUGUUUAGCGUGAUAUUAAGGGAGUUUGAAGAGAUGUGUGUUCGGUAGUAAAGUUGUAAUAUAGACCUACUAUUGAAGUUCUAUUUUAAUAAUAUAAACCCAUCCUGUUAACCUCACACUCUGAGGUCUAGACCUAUAAAAGUGAUAGCCAUCCUUUCCUGUCCCAUGAUGCUUGGUGACUAGUUUUUAUCACUUUCAAAACCAUCUGGGGAUCCACUGUUGGCCUUCACGUCUUUACAGAUUGAAUUGUGCAGGACAAUGCACACUUAAAGGCCAACGCUCUGCCACCAACACUUUAGCAUUAUUGUUCAACCUUGGCUAGCAAUCAUAAGCUGAGAACACUGAGCUAAACCAUGAGUGCCUAGGGCUUUUGUUUCCUUACCACUUAAAUGAUUUGAUAAAAUGGCACUAAAGACUCAUUAUAAAAAGCUUUAGUCAUUCUUGUGAUUAGAGUGUCUUUUUGAGACUGGAUGGACAUCAUGGAACAUAGGAUUCACUAUAAUCGGGUGCCAGGAUUACAUUAAUAAUUCUUAACUUUAAAACCUCACCGCCCCUUCUUUAAAGGUUUAAUAUGAAAAAAUUGCGUUUUCGUUGUUUUUACACUGGUCAAUGUAACUUCACCACCUGAUGCUUUAUAUGAGUAAAAUCCUUGCAGUACCCGACGCAAACAUAUAAAACCGAAAAAAUGAAUAAAAUCUAAGCGUUUCAGUCCACUCACACCUUUAUUUAUUGCGUGUAUUUUUUAUCUCUAUUUCCUAUCUCUACUUUUGAAGAUUGUAGAACAGUUUAUAGAGGAUUUACUGUUAAUUAUUAAGCCUUUAUGGUAAUGUGGGUGUAAGGUUGGACCUGGAUGUUGUAUUCACUGUGACCUGUCAACGCAAUGCAAAUGAUUACUGGCAGUCAAAUCAAGGAAAGAGAUAUAUGAUAAUCCAUAUUUGAAGUGUAAUGGAUUAUAUCCAUGACCACCUUUCUCGGGGAGGGAGGGUGACUUGGGGUACCUAGUUUCAGCAACUCUAUUGAGCCUCAGCCAGAUAUUGCUGUGCAUUAGUUGACUAAUAACGAGUAGUGUUUGUAGUUUCAAAAACAACCAGAAAGCAAAGUUAGAGAAGUUAAACAAGGGCACCUUUUAAACCUGAGGUUUUAUUUACUAAAUAGUACACUGGAGAAAUCAUGGCGAGCGUUAAAAUCUCUCACUUGGUGGACUCAAUGCUUUCCCUGGAACGCUUUCUAUUGUGAGUAGGAUUUCUGUGUCAGAACAGUUUAAUGAAUCCCCAGGUUAAUCCAGACAUGGAUUAAAAAUAACAAUAAAAUAACUAAGGUACAUCUCAAUUUAUAGACUGAUAUGUUUUUCAUAUUUAAUUCCAAUAUCAAGCAUAUCAUGUGUAUGUAGUGAAGACCUGUAAAGACUGUGGAUCUGGAAAUAUUUUAAAUCUUAAACAUUUCUAAAUAUUUUUUUUAGCACAGUAAGCAAUCUCUGUUGUAGGUUGCUUGUCUGUUAAAAUGUCUUUAUUACACCAGAAGAUAACAUAAAUAUCUUCUUCAACUUUGUUGUAUUUUUAAAAUGAUUUCUUAACAGGUGCACCUGGCACAUUGUUUGUAUUGAUUCCUAAUGCUAGCUGAAGUGGUAGAGGUUAACACAGUAAAGGAGUUUAAGCAUGCGUGGGAUAGGCAUAAGGCUAUCCUAACUGUAAGAUAAGGCCAGGGACUAAUGAGAGUAUUUAGAAAAUUGGGCAGACUAGAUGGGUUGAAUCGUUCUUAUGUGCUGUCAUAUUCUAUGUUUCUAUGGUGCAGACAAGAGAAAAUAUCUAUUUUUUUCCCCUUACAAUGUAAAAUGUAUCUCCUGGUUUACAAAUAAUGCAGAUCCUCAGAUCUCAUUAUAUGUGUGCUUACACCUUGCUUGUGACACAAUUAGACUCCCCAAUAGUAGUAAUUUGUAAUUUAAUUUCUCCACCAUAUUCUUUACAAGAGCGUUCUUUUUCUCCACCACUUACGCACAACAAUUUCCUUUAAAGAGAUUCCUUCAGGCUGUCAAAAUAUCUGCCGACAGAGAAUACAAAUUGUUUUAUCGAUCACAUUUGCCCCCUGCCAAGAUUGUUUUACACAUUCUUUUUGAAGAUUUAUUUUGUCUUUUUUUACCUACAUCAAAAUCUACUGGAGUGGGGUCAUGGUCCCCUUAGAGAGUCUGACAAAGUAGAUGGUAAUAUAGAUUUUGGUACAAAAUCAUAUGUUAAUAGUCUAAGGAAGUAUAGAUAUGUUUGUGUUUUGUGUGACGCAAAUCCUUGUAUUGCUACUUUAUGGGAGCUCACAGUAUGUGUUCUCUAUUACAGAGCUCCACAAAUAUAAUUCCCAGUAAUGUCCAGGUUGUGCGUUUUACAGAGCUCCACACCAAUAAAGCUAUUUCAUAAACACUCAAACACUGUGAUGUAAAGUAUCACAGAGCUCCACAGCAAUAUGUCUCCCAGCAAUGUGUGCAGUGUUUUAAAUAUUUUUUGCCAGACUGCAGAAAUAAUUUGUGUAUCAGAUAUCGAACUCGAGCUCCUUGUUUCGUUGAGAACAGGUAUCCUCUUUCAGCUCAUCUCAUUAGUUGUCGCGGAGUUACCUCUCUUCUUCUGGCACCUGGUGUCAAUUUUCCCUUAGACAGAGGGAGAGGUGUUUUCCCGUUAACGCUGUGUUUAUUAUGUUUACCAAGUUUCAAGAGGAUCAUUUUUCCCUGAAUUAUAAAUCCCAAAAUCUCAAUGUAAUUAACUUUAUGGAAAAUUUGUUGUUUGUUUUUUUAUAUAUACAGCUCAAGAAGUGCAAACCCUCUUUACUUUCUCUGAACAAAGCUGCUGUAUGUGUAGUUGAAGUUUUGAAUGAGAUGUUUCUUUCUCUUGUUUGCAUAUAAUGUGUUUAAUUGCAAUCAACAAACACAAUUUAAAGAGGAAACCAAACCUGUAGGGGUAUAGCCAGGGGUUUGGAUGCAUUUAUAAAAGCACAUAUUUUGCAAUAAAACCAAAAUGGCAGAAGAUAACCAGGAGUUUAGAGAUCCGGUAUGGUGGCAAGGCUGGUGUGUAGAAUCGGAAUAGGUAGCAUGGGAAGUUAACAUUAUAGCCCUAGGAUUACUGAGGGCAAGAUGGUAGAGGGUCGGGGAUAAGUGGAAGCAGGUUUGUAUAGUACCGGGAUAUAGAUAGCUAGAGGCUUACUGAGGACGGGUAGGAUGGUAUGGUUGUAAGGAAUGAGCUUGAGAUGGGGGCUCAUAAAACAGUGAAUGUUUUGUAUCAAAAGGAAGAUGUGACAGGAAUAUGUGCAGGAGCAUUUUUGUUUAUAUUUGCGAUAAUAAAAUAUCAGAUUUCCAUAUAGAUAGUCAAUUUUAUAAAUAAACCUUUUUACACCCCCUGACUGUCAAGCAAACAAAAAGGUCUUGUUACUUCCUGGAUCUUUAGCUCAAUGGAACUAAACUCAAGAGACCCUGAACUUUCACCAUAGAGAUGCAUUGAUUCAGUGCAUCUCUAUGAAGAGAUUCUGAUUGGCCAGGGUGGCAUUUGGGUCCGCCCCAACCCACCUCUUUGGCUGAGAUCAUCAGGAAUUGACAGUCUCAGCCAAUCCAAUGCUUUCCUUUGGGAAAUCAUUGGAUUGGCUUAGAUCAACAGUGUUGACCAUGGAGGCGGAUUGGGGAUGGUUAGAAGGUAAAAUUUACAGCUACUCAGGCCAGGAACAUAAAUAGUGUUUUUAACACUAUAGGGUCAGGAAUACAAGUUUGUGUUCCCGACCCUAUAGCGAUCCUUAAAAUGCUUGUUUUCAUUGAGGAUGUAUCUACAUAACAGAUAGAUAUGCAUGCAGUGGAGUGUCCCGUAGUAGACAGUAGACUGUGUUUGAGGUUUUUUUUGUAUUUUGUAGACAUGAAAACAGUGUAUGGAAGGCAUAUAUUCUUCAAAUAGAAAGGAGAAGUCACUGAAGCAUAACAAUGUUGUAUAUAUUGUAUAAUAUUUACAACAGCUCAAGCAUUUUCUUCCUUUUAAAUCUGCUUCUGAUAGCUCCCACUUAAUGAGAGCCAUUGCAUGUCUCUAGUUAGUACAUCAUAUUUCCCAGCAUGCACCUGGCUGAGGUUUAAAGAGCUGCUAAUCAGAAGACAGAAUUUCUAAUGGUGCAGGGCAGGUGUGAGGCUAAAAGUCCAGCUGGUACAUAUUUGUAGGAAACAUUCUCUGUCGUCGUGUUAGAAAAGUUGAGAGGAAAACUAAAACCGUUUAUCCUUGAAAUUUUGUUACGCUGCCAAGGUCGCACAAACCCUGCCCGGAGUGCUGACAGUCUAAAAUUAAUACUAGCUGACAAUUUAAAUAAUUUUCUAUCUUAUGGGCAGAGGAGUCUCACAUAUGUAUGCUUGUGUUUUUCUACAUGCCAGUGACCUUCCCUCAGUUAUUAUUCGCUUGGUUUUGUUCAGAUAGAAAUUGUAACCCAUCCAGAUAGUAGACCUGCCCUUGAUGCUUGAAUCAAGAGAAUUGUAGCUUCGUAGCUCGGUGACAUGCGGCUCCCUAAAACUUGGUUUAUAUUGAUUACAGAAAAUUGUACGUGCUAAUGUGAACUGAUUUGUGGAGUGAAUCAAAUUCAGAUUUCAAAAAACUGGAACAAAUAGUUUGGGUGAAUCUAAUCUUACUUGAGUUGAGAGUUUUCCCAUGUUUACAGAAAUAAAAGUCCAUUGAAAACUGCCAUUGUAUUUAAUAAAACCUGUAAUAAGCGGUCAAUGGCCAUUCUACAACUUUUCAUCGCAAUCUGAAAGGUGUUUUAUUAUGUAUUUAUAGUCUCCUAGAAUUCACAACAUCCCGUCUUUUUCCCUUGUUUGCAGCCCACACUCCUGAUAACAGCUUUCUGGGGUUUGUGGUGGAGCAACAUCUAAAUACAAGUGACAUCCGACACAUGAAUGACAUCAAAAGGCAGAACCAAUCACUUGUUUAUGGAAAGGUUGACAACUUCUGGAAGGUACGUGGUGCUUGGCGUGUCUCAUUAGAGAGUCCCUGAUGUGUUUCAUGCAACAGCCACCGUGAAAUGUUUAGUUGCUGCUUUUUUAACAUUGUUCCACGCAGAUUUUAAGAAUUGUUAAAUGUAAUUAUAUCCUGUUGGUUUUCUUUGCUUCCAAAAAAAGCAGUUCUUCGUCAAUACACACUUUAUGUGCGCAACACUUUAUCUGUACAGAGAGACAAAUAAGGAAAUAGUUUUUUCUUAUAUACGCGUGAUAUUGCAGUGUCUUCAGUCAGUCCCAAUAGUAAGAAUAACUUAAUUUUACUGAAUUGAUAGAUUCCCCGCAAUCGCUCUACAUCAGAGCUAUCAGAAAUCACAGGUGUACCAGAGAAAGCAGACUGAGAUAGAUUGUAGUAAGUUUAUAAACUUUUAUAAGCUACAUUUCAAUCUCUUCUUCCUUUUAUUUUAGUUUGUAUAUUUGUAUAAAUGUGCUUGCUGGUUUAAAAAAAUCAAGAAAAAAAACAUGUCAAGUGACGCAUGUCCCAUUUAUUGAUUAACAAAGUAAUUUAGGUUGAAAAGAGAACCAUAGUUAACCCCUUAAGGACGGAGCCAAAUGUACACGUUGUGAACAAAACAAAAUGUAAACAAAACCUGGCAUUUGCGCUACAUGUCUGUCCAACCGUAAUACACCUCUUUCAUAGUAAAUGCACCCACCCUUAUUAUAUAUCAUUUUAUUCAGGGGAAACAGGGCUUUCAUUUAAUAUCAAAUAUUUAGCUAUGAAACAUAAUUUAAUAUGAAAAAAAUGGGAGAAAAUACGAUUUUAUUGGAUUUUUUUAGUUCUACAUGACAAUUAAACGGUCAGUGUCAUAAUACUGUUUGCUUUUACUGCAAUAAAAUACACAUAUUUGUAUUCAGCAAAGUCUCACGUGUAAAACAGUACCCCCUAUGUACAGGUUUUAUGGCGUUUUGGGAAGUUACAGGGUCAAAUAUAGCACGUUACAUUUGAAAUUGAAAUUCGCCAGAUUGGUUACGUUGCCUUUGGACUGUAUAGUAGCCCAGGAAUUAAAUUUACACCCAUAAUGGCAUACUAUUUGCAAUAGUAGACAACCCAAGGUAUUGCAAAUGGGGUAUGUCCAGUCUUUUUUAGUAGCCAUUUGGUCACAAACACUGGCUAAAAUUAGCGUUAGUAUUUGUUUGUGUGUGAAAAAUGCAAAAAACGCCAAUUUUGGCCAGUGUUUGUGACUAGUGGCUACUAAAAAAGACUGGACAUACCCUGUUUGCAAUACCUUGGGUUGUCUACUAUUGCAAAUGGUAUGCCAUCAUAGGGGUAAUUUUCAUUCUUGGGCUACCAUAGGGUCUCAAAGGCAACGUAACCAAUCUGGCGAAUUUUAAUGUGAAAAAGCUGGAAAUGCAAGCCUUAUAUUUGGCUGUAACUUUUGAAAACACCAUAAAACCUGUACAUGAAAGGGGGGUACUGUUGUACUCAGGGAGACUUCGCUGAACACAAAUAUUUGUGUUUCAAAACAGUAAAAAGUAUCGCAGCAAUAAUAUCGUCCGUGUAAGUGCUGUUUGUGCGUGAAAAUGCAAAAAAAGUCAAUUUUACUGGCGAUAUCAUCGUUGUAAUACAUUUUACUGUUUUGAAACACUAAUAUUUGUGUUCAGCGAAGUCUCCCAAGUAGAACAGUACCCCCCAUGUACAGGUUUUAUGGUGUCUUGGAAAAUUAUAGGGUUAAAUAUAGUGCUAGCAAAUUAAAUUCCCUUUACUUUCGGCAUGGGUUGUCAGGCAGGUCCCGCUAAUUGUAAUUAAUUAAGAUACCUAAUUAUGUAAAAAUAUUACAUAAAUAUAUAUGUAGGGUAAUAUAUGUAUAUAUAUAUAUAUAUAUAUAUAUGUAUGUGUAUAUAUAUGUAUAUAUCUAUAUAAUUUUUUUUAAAUAUUUUUAUUUAUAUAUAGGUAUAUAUAUAGUGAUAUAUAAGUAUAUAUUUAUGUAUAUAGAUAUAUAUAUUAUUUCGUUCUACGUGUAUUUUUAUAUAUAUAUAUAUAUUAAUUUCACAAAACAGUUAGAACGAAAUAACACACAUCUAUAUAUUUUUUAAUUAUUUAUUUUUAAUUAUUUUUUUAAUUUUAUUUUUUAACGUAUUUACAUUUUAAUUUUUUUUAUAUUAUAUAUAAAUAUAUAUAUAACAAUAAUUAUAUAUAUAUUUAAUCAGUAUCAGUCUACGUGUAAUUUGAUAUUAAUAUAUAUAUAUAAUUAUAUAUAUAUUAAUAGUAAAAUACACCUAGACGGUGUAUGUGUGUGUAUGUAUAUGUGUAUAUAUAUACUUAGAUCAUAUAUAUAUAAUAUAUAUAUAUGAUCUAAGUAUAUAUAAUUUUUUUUUUUUACACCAUUAACUUAUUUUUAUUUUAUUUUCAGCCAGCAGGGGGACCACCUGUCAUUACAGGCAGCCCCCCUGCCGGCAAUACAGAAGCCAGCUAUCCCGGCCAUGUGAUUGUGGGGUCCUCGCUAGGACCCCACUCUCACAUGGCCGGGGGGCUUCCGAGGACGGAUGUGCCGCGGGGGGCUCCCUGGGAGUCCCCCCAACCGCGAUCGCCGGCGUGGGACCGCCGGCGACCGGGUAAGUUAACAAAAACCGGAGGGCGUACAAUUACGCCCGGCGGCGUUUAGAGCCGCCUAUUAGAGGGCGUAAUUGUACGUCCUCCGGUUUUAAGGGGUUAAUCCAGGCAAAGGGUCAGGAAGCAAAAAAAAAAUACAAACAGAAACUGAAGUCCCCUGGUGGAUGUCAUGGCAGAGAACCUGACUGGGAUGCUGGAGCUGUGAAUUCAAACCCAGCCAGGUCUUAUAACCCCUUAAGUAAACAUGACAUGUGUGACAUGUCAUGAUUCCCUUUUAUUCCAGAAGUUUGGUCCUUAGGGGGUUAAAGGGGCAGUCACACGUUGAUGUCUGCAGGGCUCAGGCUGUGCCGUGACAGAUAAUCACCCAGGCCACUUCAUCUCAAUGAAGUAGUUUGGUUGCAGUGGUCAUGCUGUUUUAUUUUCACAUUGCCAUUUUGGAGAUAUGCCAAUGUUUUUAUUGUGGGGCUCCUGAAAGACACUAGAGGGUGCUUCCACAGUAAAUUUUAACAUGAUUCUUAACUUAUAGAAGUAUUUGAUUGGCGCAUUGGGACAACUGGUGCCCAUGGGCAUUAAGUAUGCAGUGCUUCACAAUGACAAGUAUUUGAUUUAA